GUUUCCACAUGAGUCCCGCACAGUGUUUGACUUCUGACACUCCUCUCCCAGCAUGGAAAACACACCUCAGUCCAGAUUUCAACUUUAGAAAAACCGCUCACUCUUCAAACCUUGGAUUAUGGAUUCUUCUACUAACAGUCUGGGUAAGUUGAGUGUUAAAUGUUAGUGAAGUUUGUGUGUCUUUGCCCUUCAUUUAUCGGCAGCAUUAUGGAACGUUUACAGAUGUCGGUUAUUCCGCUCACAUCGUGACGGAGGGAACACUUCUCCAAAGUGCGUAAAGAAACGUGACAGUAAAAGUUAUUCUCCUUUAUACCAAAAUAUAGAAGUCACACAACAUGAUCUAUAUUAGUUUUUAAAACUGAAAGCUCUUCUCCAGAGUUCGGCCUGUGCAACAUCUUUCUUUCCUACUUGUGCAUCUGCCAUGAGGUAGUUUUCAGUUUGAUGGUACAGUGUUUUCUCAGUGCUUGCUGAAGCAAUUCUUAGUGUAUUUUGACAGGGGAAAUCAUAAUAAGGGAGUUUAGUGUUGCUUGUGGCGCUACACUGAAAUACGAGAUCUAAAGUGAAAAUUGGAUUUUUUUUCACAUUUUAAUCGGUCUAUUGGUCUGAAGUAGACGCCCCUAAGCUGUUUGAUUCUGCAAACACAGAUAAAACCUCUUCAUUGUUAUUGCAUGUAGUGUUGCACACUGACAGCAGCCUUUGUGUCGUUGUGUGGGAGUGUGCAGAACAUCCUGGUGUGUUGGUAAACAUCUGCUCUUUCCAUUAUCUGCUGCUUGCUGCUUUCACUUUGAGCCCAAAUGGACUGGACCUGGAUUCAAACUGUUGCUUUACCUUGGCACGCGGGCUCAGUUCAAAUUUAAGGCGUGACUAUAACUUUUUUUCUGUGUUUAUGAAUCCUGCUGUCAGUGAUGUGGAGCGGUUGUGGAGUUUGUAACUGAAGAGUGUGUAGUUAUUGUUAAAAUCAGUGUUUUUGUCAGUGAGGUUUGGUGCAUGAGGAGCUGGUUGUGUUUUCAAACUGUCAAACCACCCUAAGGGGAAACUCAGCUGUCUUGUGAAAAAUUCACAAAAAUUUAAAGUGCAUGCAUAAAGAUGGCACUGAAUGACUUUUUAAUACUUUAACCAAGUUUAGAAAUGUGCAGACAUCAGGUUUUUACUCAAACUGGAGAAUUGUGGUGCACAAAGCUGGUCUUGUUGCACAUCUGUAGGCCCUCACUGUCCCACCUUGUGUGCUGAUGUUGUGUUUACUUGUCUUGUAAAAUGGUGGGGUGGUGAGGCACAGGGGAACAGUAAAUAUCACAUGCGGAUGCACUCCAGCAUCUGUGAGUAUGGCUGCUGUGGCUCGGUGCUGCAUGGAAGUGAAGAGCACGGACCCCCUGCAGAGACUGCCUCCUCCUCCUCCUGUCUUCAUUAGUGUUAAUCUUCAUGAUUAAUCUGGUCUUAUGUCCUUUUCACAUCCCCUCCUGUCUGUGUUUUACAGUCAGCUGACAUAUGAAAAGUCAGAUGAUGUGAGGUCACUGGUUCCUGAUGCACAGAUACCUAAUAACAAAGUUUGUCCACCCGUAUUGUCUGAAAUGUUUGUCUGCGGUUUGGUGAAAGUCUUGCUUAAAUUGCAGUUACGAAAUGCAACCUGAUGAGAAAUAUUAAGCAUUUACACAGCAACAGAAGCAAUGAAAACACUGAAAAUUUAAGUACACAGUAUCACAGGAUAAAAAGAGUACAAAUUUACAGAUUACAUGCUUUCAGGACCUUUAUGACAACUGGAACUCCUGAAGUUUCUUUCACUGCACGUGAAGACUGUGAUAAACAUGGGUUGAAGUUAUGGACUUAAAAUUGUUUCCAAACUACAAAAUACUUUUAAACAUGUGAUUGAAAACACACACAAAAGUUUUCACUGCAUCCCUGUUAGUCUUUUCUUUAAAGUGGGAAUAUCAAAACGAACAAUUAAAUAAUGUGGAUAUUAUUAACUCAAUUCAGAAACUAAAAAUAGUUUAUUUGUUCACUGAUUUUACAUCAAAUUCAAGAAUUUGGAUUUUAGUCUGAGAAGUGAUCUGGUUUCCAUCUGCACUCUAAGUAAUAUUGACCAAUCAGGUGUCAGCAGGAAAAUCAGUCUGUAUGGAGAGCAAAAGAAGGAGGAACACAGUCCUCCGUAAUGACCUCCACCUCUCAUGGUUGGUGAUCUGAGGAGGAUUUGUGUCUCUGUAUGAAGGUCAGCUAACAAUCUGUUCAAGAUCAAACAUUCACACUGAGACACUAAUCUGACUGAUGCUGAGUCACUGAAGACAAUCAGAGUUUAGAUUUACGGACUUUCCUGAAUACAUCAGAAAUGAUGGAUCUGACCUCCAUUCAACAAUAAACAUUUUCAAAGUAGUUUUCAUCUCGUCUUUAGUACAGACCUGACAAAACUGGACUUCGGAUGAAUCAGCAUCAUGACGUCAGUUUAUUUUUCCGGUUCGUAUUGCUGAAGCAAUUCCGAGUAAAAUCUUUCUGUUACCUCCUUUUUCCAGUAAAACUGAGAUUAAGCACAAUCAAACAAACCAUAAGCAAGAGUGAAAUUUUAGUGGCACUUUAUAGAGUGAAGCCUCUGAGAGAAUAUUUACAGAGAAACCAAGACUCUCCACAGACAGAUGAAGGUGCACUUCUCUGGGGAAUCUAACAAACAGAGAAAUGACAGUGUUUAUCAUUCAGAGUUCAUCUGGGGGGUGAAUUUCUCUUCUGAUUUGAUCAUACAGUCGCUCCUAAAUAUGCCAACUGGACUGUAAUUGAUGCAGCACAUUGAAAAUAAGGUCAUUUAGUCAGUUUGAAGUAACUGUUAUUUAUGAUGGAUAUGCAGUGGAGUGGGCCGUGGUUUCUGGAGGUAUAUGUAGUUAAACUGCUCAAUCACAGUCUGUUUGGUUCACAAACUCACUGACAGUGUUCUUGUCAGUCACAGUGGUAAGAUAAGAGAACGAGUAUGAUCCUCUAAUGUUUUCUUUUCAGGGUGGAUGGAGGUAUUUGGAACAGACUUGAAGUUGCAUCACUUUCCCAGAAUGCUGUUAAACAGCUUUUUUUUUCAGAGGAAUAGAAUUCUGCUGUAGUCAGGAGGCAGACCGUCAUUGUUUCUAAGUAUUAGGGCUGUAGUUUCAACACUCUUUGAAGCAACCACAUCCAUAUUUACACAUUUACUGUGAAGUUUAUCAGCAAGUUAAUUUGAUUCAUGCAGCAUGCAAACACGAAAUGCAUGCAUGCUGUAUUUACAUGGACACCUUUAAAGGCAGAACUGCAUUGUCUGCUGAGGUUGAUUGUAGGUUUUGACGGACGAGACACAACAUGCAAAAAAAGGAAGCAAUCUUUUCUUGUGGUAUUAGAAUUCAAAAAGUCAAAUGUCAGUCAGCUUAAUCAGGCCAGUUAACAGCAUUUUGAAAUAGCAAGUAUUGGUUGAUGCUUUUAGAUCAGGUCAUGAAAUAGAAAAAUAUGUCGGGUCAUACUACAUAUAUAAAAAUCUAUCCGGUAACUUUUCGGUAAGUUUGAGCUAGAGCAAAGACACUAACUGAAAGUACUACUGCCAUAAAUAAGAGGUUAGUGGAGGAUGUGACACAGAAAUAUGCAGUAUAAAUGAUGGAUUGAAGUAUAAACACAAGCCAUGCAGUUUUUAACUUCAUAUUGAAUGAAUAAGGACCAGAAAAGAUAUGUUUGGAACAUUAAAAACCUCUGUUUUAGUCUCUGUGUGAAACUUUGUCUCUGUGUUUAAAUCUCAAAUCUGAAGCUCUAAGAUACUUCCAGACAUAAAUCUGACAGAGUCCACAUUUAUUAUUUUAGAUUAAGUCACUCAGAUUAAUGUGUAAAUCUCUGGAUAUUACGUCAUCAGAAUCUUUAAACCUCGUCACUCCUCACUCUGAGCUGCAGAGAUUUACGACCCAUCAGACCAUCACUCAGGUUUUGUUGUUUCGGAGCAUGCUCAGUCCUGUUUUCUGAUUGCGUCUGUUCCUGGGAGAUAAAGCAGUGAUGUGAUGACAGUGAGAGUGAGUUGACCUGCUACCAGAGUGUGAGCUCACACAUCCACCAUCCUCUCUGAUUUUAGUUAUUUUAGAGGCGUUUACUCGCUAAGACAGGAGACAAAGAUUUAACAGCAUAACAGAAAGACUUACUUUAAAUGUCUGUUCACUAAAGCGUCUAAAUUAAGAGGCUGAACUGCUGCUCAUAAUAAACAUCUGUAGCAGUGGUUCUCAAGUCCAGUCCUCGAGGCCCACUGUCCUGCAUGUUUUGGAUGUUUCCCUGCUCCAACACACCUGAUUCAAAUGAUCAGCUCGUUAUGAAGCCAUUACAGAGCUUGAUAACGAGCUGAUCAUUUGAAUCAGGUGUGUUGGAGCAGGGAAACAUCCAAAACAUGCAAGACAGUGGGCCUCGAGGACUGGAUGGGGAACCACUGCUCUAUAGGACUCUUCUACUACAGAGCCAUGCUGUUAUAAUCCCUGUUGUCAGAAUGUGGUUUGUCAUUGUCUUGCUGAAAUAUGAAGGUCUCCCCUGUAGAAGUCAUUGUCUGGAUGGCAGCAGAUGUUGCUCCUAAACCUGUAGAUAUUGUUCAACAUUAGUGGAGCCUUCAUAGAUGUGGAAGAUACCCAUGACAUGGACUCUGAUGAUCCCCAUACUAUCAGGGAUCCUGGUUUUGGAUUGAUAACAAGCUGUGUGGUCCCUCUGCUCUAUAGAGAGGAGGAUGCAGCUGUGUCAUCAGUCCACAGGACAGUUUUCCUCUCCCCCUCACCUGAAAUGGGCUCAGGUCCAGAGAAGUCUCUGGUUUCUAUCUAGUUUCCUCUUUGCAUGGCUCAGUUUCAACCUCAUUUGUGGAUGCAGUGAUAAACUCUGUUCACAGACAAUGGUUUUUGAAGUGAUUCUGAGCCCAUGCGGUGAUUUCCACUCCAGAGUCCGGACUUUUUUAAUGCAGGGCUGCCUGAGGGCCUGAAGAUCAGGACAGUCUAGUCUUGGUUUUAGUCCUUGUCCCUUUAGUUCAGAGAGUUCUUCUAAUGAUAUUAUGGACUGUAAACACUAAAAUCUAAAAUGUUAGCUCACACAUCAACAUUUAUGUCCUAUUUGAGGUUGUAAACGUUCCUUUUAGAUGCCCUCUAAGAUGCAGAUUAAUGCUUAUAUGACACAGUUAGAUUUAAACAUGAGGGUAUUUUGAGGACAUACGGUGGUUUUGGCUCCACGAUCAUAACUGCAGUUAGUCUGUCGAAGAGCGGGGGCAGAGAAAGUGUUCAUCUGUGGCGAUGCUUUGCUCAGUUUCACUCUCAGACUCCCGUGCAGGGGCGUACAGGAAGUUGAGCGGUGGUGUGGCGUCAGAGUCAAAGCAGAGAACAUCACAUUGAGAGCACUGCACUCUGGGAGAAUGGCGUUUGUGGGAGGUUGAGGUCAUUAUUCAGGUUAGAUGAAGAGAGAAAGAGUGGGCAGUGACCGUGAGAAUAUGCUGCAUGUGAUUUAAACUUUCAUUUCAUGUGACGGUCUGUCACCUUGGGGACGUGUUGGGGAUGUUUUGGGGGCGUUUUGGGGACGUGGCAGUCUGGAUGACAAACAGAUUUCCUGCAGAUAAAAAGAAAAGCAGGAAUGCAUGCUCAGCUAAUUAUAUCUGCUGCUUCCACUCUGCUCCUGGCUCGACUCCUGGACGGAUGAAAAGGGAAGUUUUUGUAAACUUGAACAUCAACCAGUUGGACCAGAAAGUCUGUAAAGUCGAGACUUCACAACAGACUCCCUCAAGUCCAAGAAUGUGUGGCUGUGCAGCUGUCAGGCCGCCAGCCUCCCACAAGACCUGAAUCAACCUCCAGGCUCAAAAACACUCAAAAUCAAACACCAAGUUUGUUUUUUCUUUGCUUUUCCUCUUUUUUAAAGGCAUUAUUGGAGACGAGAGGCUUUUAAUUUGAAAUUCACCAAACUGUUUUUGUGCACUCACAUGUAGGAGGAGUGAAACUGCAGAAAAACAUGUUUUUUCCUCAUUCUCCAUUUUUACAAACCUGCUUUAAUUUCUCUUAUAAACUCUCUGGCCUGUCUCUUAAAGUGCCAGUUUUCAACAGACGUCAGCUGCAGUCUCUCUCUCUACAUUUUAUAGUUUGUCUGACUCACCAAAUGAACCUUAAUCGACCGUGGAUUAUAUCCAGAAAUUAGAGCGACUGACUGAUCCUGCUCCUGUUUUUAUGGGACACAGGGCGGCUGCAGGAAUUUUAUAUAGCAGUGAUUUGACUGAGUUCCCUUUAGUUUAAAAACGGGCCUCAUGAUCGGCAGAGCGUUUGAUCCAAAAAUCAUAAAUGUCGUCUGUAACUUUCAAAGUAAACCAAAAUAGAUGACAUAAAUAGAACUAAUAUUUAUAAUUUGGAAGCUGAAUGUGGGGUUCUGUGACUUUAAAGCUACUCAAAGGUAUUCCAGUGCACACAUAAUAGUGCACUGAAUUGAUGCUGGGGUCACAAUAACAUUUGUUCAUGUUUUAUUUAAAGGGUGUGAGUGACUUAAUUUAUGUUCGAGCUUUAGAGAAGAGAUUCAUUCAUAAAAAUGUUACUUGUGGUGCUUUUAUUUUGACAUUUUUUGACAUAUUUACUAUUUUGAUGACAGCCAUGCUUUUAUUUUGGAAGGGUUCCUCUGUCGGGGUUCAUAGUAAAGUGACAGAAAUAACUAAAAAGAGCUAAAAGAGGACGAACAUCAGUUUUAUGAGCCUCCCUGCAGAGACAUAAGGGCCUAGCCUCUUUCAACACUUUAAAUCUCUCUCUCUCUCUGUGUCUCUCUGUGUGUGUCUCUCUCUCUCUUUCUCUUUUACACGAUCUUAAUGGUCUAAUGCUGAUUUUUGCAGCUAUUAGUUAGUUGUCUGCAGAUAUAAACACUUAUUUUAACAUACAGAAAUUUUAAUUUAGAGCAAUAGUAGAUCAUAUAUGUUGGUUUGUUAAAAUAAACCUGUGAGUAAAAUGAAAUUUAAAAUGAUCAUGAGUGUAGAUGAAGUACUCAGGUGUUGGUGCACAAAAAGAGCAUAGAUCUGCUCAGACUGAACAGGGUGAAUAUAUUCAGUAAAGAUCUAUGUGUCAUAUUUCUAUACUCAGGCUGACAUUGCUUCUAACUGGACCAUCACAGACCUUUUCUGUGGGACAGAAAAACUCCUAAUGUUGCAGAAACAGUUUGUGGGCGGAAAGCUGCCGCUCUCACAAAACAAGUGGACUUACUGUAAGUGGCCAAGUUACACCGCCUGGUUUUUGGAGCUGAUAUCAAACAGAGCAAAUUAACAGAGUUAACCCCACAGAUUUUAAUGACAAACCCAAUUUCACAGUCUCAUUUUAAGCAAAAAAAAGGAUCAUAUUUGCUCCAUUUUACAGCGGGUAAACAUGCAGAAUCACAGUAGGUGAAAAAUAGUCAUAAAAAUUAUCAAAGUGUUUCCUGUUUUCGUCCCUCUGUUUGACUCUGAUUGUUAUCAUAAGAGCUUGGCAGCAUCAGAGGGAGAUAAACCUGUUUGUUACAGAGGGAGAAACAGCUGUCACAUCACUGUCCGCAAACACACCAGACCUCACUCACAAAAACGUCUAUUUUACCUGCAGAAACACAGGAGUUUUUGGUAGCCUCGAAGUUUAGGUUUGUUUUUGACCUUUGUGUUUGUUUUGUUCGGUGUUUCUGCAGCACACAGUAACACCGAACAGUCCAGUCAGGACCAGCAGCUCAGGUUGUGAGUGAGAUUUAAUUUCUGUAAUUGUUAAUGGGGUUUGGUGGCUGCUACAACAAUCAUGAAACUAUUCACUCCUGAGUGUUCAAACCCUAAAAUAAUCAGAAAUAGAGCUUGAGGUUAAAAGUGUGGAAUUCUUAUUUUCGAAGAAUGUCAAAUAUUUAGAGAUUUCCCACAUGGAUAAACCUCGUUGAUAGUGCUCGUGUCUUUGUAGUUUUCUUCUUUUUCUGAAGUAGUUAAUCUCCUGUACCGUGUUAUCCAUGUUUCUAUACUGUGGUUAAGCCUUGAGGUGUUUAUCUGAGGCAAUCAGAAGAAAUAAGAGUCUGUUGUCUGCCAUGUUUGAAAAGCAUUCAUGCAUCAUUUCCUGUCAUUUCUCUGCUGCUGCUUCUCUGUGUGCAGGAAUGUCGGAUUCAGACGCCUCCAGAGGAAACACUGAGGCGCUUUGACACGACCAGACCGCUGAAUUUACAAGACGAAAUGCCAAACAGUGCGACACAUAAUGAGCAUUUCUCACAGUAACAGCUCAAUGUUAACAUGGUGGUCUUAUGGAUGAAGUCCGAGUUUGAAAAGGAAUUCCGGGGAAUUGGAUUCGGAUCAAAUUCCUGCUUCCCAUGAGCCGCUGCCAAACAGAGAUGAGUCACCGCAGAGACGACUCGUAACUGAAAAAUGAAAACAAGAAAAGCAGACGUUCAGAGAAAAGAGCGGGAGACUGUUGAUGCAUGCAGAUACGUGUGUGUGUGUGUGUGUGUGUAUGUGUGUGUGUGUGUGUGUCCUUGCUCUACUGUACUUCCUUGCCGAUAAUGCCGGUCUGUAAAUACUCUGUAAUAACCUGUGGUAACCUCUGUGCAGUGACUGUAACUGUAGAGUAGAUCAGUUUGGACGUGUUUGUGAAUCUGAGGUUUGUUUCAACUCCUUGAUUGUUUCUCACAGGCUCUGUAUCUGCAGUUUGGUCAUGCUUCAUAGAAGAAAUAAUACUUCCCUACAGAAGCUAAUGACACACCUUUGCCUAACCUGCAAAUACAACAGAAUCCUCAUUCUCAAUCCCCGAGAUUUUCAAAUUCAGAAACACCGACAGAUAUUCAGUUAAAACACAAGAAAAUUAAAGUUCAGUGUGUUUUAUCAGUGUUAAAAACUUAGAAAUAACAAUCAUUUAUUGGUAGAAAAUUUAGCUUAAGAUCUCGACCUUUGACCUGAGCAACCUCAGAAUAAAUCUGCUGAUCUGUUCAUAAAACUCCCUGAAAUUGUCAACAGAGCUGCUCCAUCAGAUCCCCCUACUUCAUCUAUUUGAUGCUGUAAGUCUGACUUCAGCUGCAGUAACACUCUGCGCUAAGCUCUCAAGAGCAGGAUAACAGGGAAGUGACGGGCAUGCAGCCAGCGUAAACACACUUUUUUCAGUUGCCCGCAAAACCCACAAUGCACUGCAGUAUUCCUACUUUGCUACGUUACUUUUUCAAGCUCUAUUCCUGUGCAUGUUUACAGUCUACAGUCAUGUGACACACAGAUACAGAUGCUCUCUGCACAACCGUCUGUGUGUGUUGAAAUGAGCUGCAGCAUUAAAGUGAGUUCAGGUUAAUCCUUACCAAAGACUGAUCCUGGACCAUAAAGAGGCCCAUGGACUUCUGUGCAGGCACAGUUUACAGAUAGCAUGUUCAAACAUUAUUCAGAUCAGCCCUGCUUUAAUAAUAUCACUCAGGUAUUAUGUAGCACCUUUGUGGCAUUAAGUUUGAGGUAUUGAACUCUUCAGCUACCACUUGCAGGUUUUGCAGAUGGGUAAUCGGUCAUCUUUGUUGGCUUGUUGGUCUUUCUUGGUGUACCCGACAGGCCCCCCACACUGCUGACUUCACUCCUUUCUUCUGUGGGCACAAAACUUCAGUCUAGUCCUUCUGCCAUAGUUAAGCUAACGCAGUGUGGCCUCAAUGUCUCUAUAUAAUCGCGGUACAUGACACACCAGUCACCAGACAACAGUGCAGUAAAGCCUUCAUAAUUAUGUCAGAGUGACAUUUAAAACCAGUUCAUUCCUACUUACCUACAAUUAACAUCACAAUUAUACACUUCAGCACUGCUGCUUUAAGAAAAGUUGAUUUUUCCAGCACAAAAACAUUUAGUAUGCUGCGUUCCAGAUGCACAUGGAAAUUCUUCUGGAAUGCCCCCCUGAAGUCAGAUUUCCGACUUGGAAAGUCGGAUGAUACUCACCAACCCUGACUUGACGAUAAUGUCAUAAUCCAAGAUGGCAGCGCAGUGCAUCAACGGUAAAGAGUAACAGUGAAAGCUCUCGUAAUGUAUUAUUUAUUAGCACUUUUGUAUUGUUUUUGUGAAAUUAAAUUAGUGGUUUAUGUUGUACUGCCCAACGGCUAACUGUGAACAUGGUGCUAUGGUGUUUGUAAAAGUAAAAUACUGUGUCAUGCAUUGUUUACAACUGGUAUUGCUAACACAACUAACAGCAGCUGACAAUUGCUAAUAACAGCUGACAACUGCUAACGACAGCUGGCAAUUGUAAAUAACAGCUAACAAUGGGUAACAGUAGGUGUCUAUCUUGGUUUUCCGACUUGUUUACUGGAACGCCGUCAACUUGGGGGUAAUGUCAUUCCCAGCUCCAACAUCCGACUUCCGAGGUAACUGGAACGCAGCUAUAGAGUUCUAUUCAAGAGAGUUAUUUAAAUAUAUAUAAAUUCAGUCUGCUCAGUUGUCAUAAGAAAGAAAUAAACUACAGAGACCCAAAGUGUUUUUAGUUCCAGGCUGUAAACAUGUUUAUCUCUGCUGUAGCAUUUUACCAUGGGGCUCUUUGAGGACUGACUCACUGUAGGACACAGCCUCUAGUGGACACUGAAGGAACUGUAGUUUCUUGAACUUUAGCAGAGACUCCACUUCCAUACUUGGUUUGUGAAAAUGGAUGAUUUUUAUAAUCUGUAAUGGUUCAGAGUGACAGAUAGAGAGUAAUAAAAGCAGAGUAAUUACAUAGAGUCAUAUUUAUAGUCUGCAGUAUUUAAAGGACUGUCUGUCACUGUAACUGUCCAGACAUGCACUCUGACAGAAAAAGAUGAAGUAAUUCAAAGAUGAGACGAGACAUACUUUAAUAUUCUGGUUUAAUUAGGACAUGAAAGUCCAAACAUAACCUCCACAUGACUAAACCAGGCAGUAAAACACCUCAUCUAUCCAGCUCAUGUGUGAAAGCAGCUCUGGGUACAGUGACCCUCAGCCAAAAACAGCCUGUAGAUACUGUAACAGCAGCAGCAGCAGGAGGAGGCAGGGAGGGUGUGGCUGCUCCACACUGACUGUCACAGCCUCAGAAUAAAUAUAAUGUGGACUUCACUAAAAAUAAGACAGUUUUCUCCCGUCUGCACAGAAACAGAGGAGGUUUUAUGUUCACUGAAACAUCAGCGCCCUUCAGGCUCGGUCAGGAUGAGUAUGAGCAGAAUUUGCAGACAGACUGUGGUCGGCUGGGAACAGUUAAUUAGUUUCCUCCUUCGGGGUGAAUUCAACUGUAAACUUUCUUUAUUGGACGACUCCGACUUCCUCAGCAUUCCUGCAGAGAAAUGACCAGAGGGAGACAGUGAUAUCCAGAUUCUCUCAGCUGAUGUCACUGAGAUCAGUUUUAGAAAAUGACCUCUUGACUCCCAUGGUUGGUAAUCUGAUAUUUGAUAUAUAACAAAUAUCUGCAUGGUUAGCUAACAGCCAGAUCUAGAAUCAAAUAUUUACACAAAGACUUUAUUGUAACUGACACUGAGUCAUGAAAAUGUUAGAUUUACAGACUUAACACUAAAGUAAGUCAAACUGAGACUUAGCAGCUGUAACGGCAGCUUUCAUUCAAACUAAACGUCUUUGGUACAUUGUGAUAUGAUGUUAGGGAUGUCCUGAUCCCGAUUUCAACUAUCAGCUCAGAGCUGAUCCUGGCAUUUUAUUUCCUGUCCUGCCUGAUCAAUUCUGUCACUGAGCCCAAAACACAAACACUAGCUCAUUACUGUAACCUGAGCGUUUUGGGUUCAUCUACCCAUGCUAAACAGUAAAAUAAUAAACAAGACAUCAGGGUGAAGCUCUAGCCAUCAUGAACACACACCUGCACAGCAGCAAUAACAGCUUUACAGUAGUUUACUGUAAAUCUGCAGGGAUGCAGCAGGUGCUCAAUAAUUCAUAAUCAAACAGUAAAAUAAUAAAAAAAAGAUACCAGGGCGCAGCUCCAGCCAUGGCUUAAACCUUUUUUCAUGAACACACACCUGCACAGCAACAACAACUGCUUUACAGUAGUUUACUGUAAAUCUGCAGGGAUGCAGCAGGGGCUCAAUAAUUUAUAAUCAAAUUGUGAUUUGUGGCCAAAAAAGCUGAUCAGGAAGCCCCCAUACAAUACAAUAGAAAACAAUAUAAUAGGGUACUACUGGAUAUGAUAUGAUACAAUAAAGUAAAAAACUUUUCAAUAUAACACCAUAUGAUACCAGAAGGUACAAAACUAAAAAUAUGAUAGAAUGCAAUACAAUACAUCACAUUGUGAUACAUUAUGACUCUUUGUAAUACCGUAUGGUUUGAUACAAUACAAUACUAUGUGUUCCGACAAGGUUAUGAUACCAUACAGUAUGAUCUGAUAUGAGGGCUAGUGAUGUGAUUUAUUGAAUUGAGGAGUUAAAAGAAAGUCCAAACAGCUGGAAUGAAUCUUCUGUGAAACUGAUACUCACCAUAACAGAUGAAUGGGCAGAUAAACCAGGAAAUGACAGCAGUUUCAAAGACAUAUGUGGAGGGAUGAGUUUAACUUUGCCUCUGAUCUGAACAUGGUCCUUUAAUUGGAUCACACACAGCGCCGGGCUGAUUAUCUCCUCAGACUGGUUUCUCUGCAUACAAGUCUGCCUGAUGUUAGGGUGACAUCAGGCAGAAUUGUACUGUAAACAAGAAACUGGUGACAGUUUAAUGUAAUGCUGGUCAUAUGGCUCCUAUGAUAUGAUAAUAGUUCACACACUCUUCAGUCAAACUUCACUGUUCAGUCCUACUGUUGUAAUAAUGCUAAACCCACAGUUUCCUUCUGUUUUAUGAACUCUAGACGUGGUUACAGCUGCAGUGCCAAAGUUUGUGAUGGUGUUGUAAAUUGUGGCUUUUAGCUGUUUAAAUAUUGUUCUGUCCUUCUUGCUGGAGGAGAGAGCAGACAGGCCGUGGUAUCUGUAAAAGUCUGCAAUCAAGCUGCAGAUGAUGCACACCUCUCAGAGCUGAUGUUAAACUGUGAUAGCGGUAAAAUCUCAGUCUCCAUAUCGUCAUUUAGUUCCCUCAAGUCUGAGUGAAACCGUCUCAGUAUCCUGCUGUAGUUUCUGCCUGUAGCAUGUCUCCAGUGUGUCGUACAUCCUAUCUUUGAUAUGCUAUGUGCGUGUGUGUGUAUGGCAGUCAGAAGGUAAACAGUGUUGUUCUCGUGUGUUUAUCGCAGAGUUUUAACAGCCUGUAUCAUUGAAGCCAGCUGCUGAGCUUUAGAUCUUUGUGUCGGUCCAGGAUUCAUGAGGAGGAGGAGGAGAUGUGAGCUCUGAUGAUGAAGCUGCAGCUCGUGAUGGUUGGAUGGAUUUUUGAUCUGUUUGAAAGAUUGAAAACCUCUGAUAUGGUUUCUGUCUUUCAGCCUUUGAGCUAUCCUACUGUUUAGGAAACAGAGACAGAACCAAGUGAUUUAGCAGAGUUGGAUCAAAGCGGUGAAGUCUGAGUGAUAUGGACUCUGCUGCAGGUCAGCAAAACACACUAUUUUUACACUACGCUGUGGACAGAUGCAGGCUGAAAUUCACAAGGCAGGUUUUCUUGUGUUUUUAAAGGUAUUUUACCUCACAACGUCAAUGUUUGCAUGUUCAACACCAUUAGUUUAAAAGGACUUCCAGAGAGCUGUUUCACUCAUCUGGCUUUAUAGUAAAAUCAUCUUUUGUGGAGCCAGGGUUGUAUUUGCUCCUCCAUGGAUCAUCCCUAGUUACGUUUUUUUUUUUUUUUUGUGUUUUUUUUUUUGUUCUGGAAAAGAAACCUCUACAAAGUUCGCCUCAUGGCAAACUCACUGGAGGGCCGUUUUGAGACUCUUUAGUAAAGUCUACCUCCUUCCAGGAUCUUUUUUCCUGCUCCACUCAAAACUCUGUUUUGACUCUUAACUGUUGACUGAGGGUUCAGAUCAUCAACCUUUAAGUGGCGGCUCUACUUCAGUGAUGAAACAUUCAAUAAAAACACCAAAACCAACGUGCAUUUUCCACAACAGCAGCUGUGCUGAAUUCUCUGAGGUUACAGCCCCACAUGAGCCAAACCCAUGCUGUAGUUCUCAGACAGUAAUGUGUCCAUCCAUCACUGUCACUUAGUUGGAGCUGUAAAAGGAAACUUGUUUAUUUGCUCAGGACGUCUCUCUCUGAUGCUCCUCUCUGACUGAUGGAGUCCCUCUCUCUCCGCAUGUGUUUCUGCUUUCCUCAGCCUUUUACGUCCAUGUUUCAGCCUCACAAAAGCAGCGCUGGAAUGUUUUAAUUGUUUAUCAGGAGGUAGUUUUCUGUGUGGAGGAGUCAGGACGGCUGUUAAAGCUGCAGACUCGGUGUUAAAAAUCUCACAGACCGGAAGGAGCAGGUUUAAGAGCCAAGACUCAACAAGAUCUGAGUUCAUCAGGUACGUUUGAGUCUCCUUACCAUCAGAGGACUUACAGUCGAGCUAACACUGUUGUUUUACAAGAUCGUCAGUGUACUUUAAUCCACCUCAAGCUCUGAUUAACACAUUCUGUGUUAUUUUACAUGAAGGACGGAGCAAAAGUCUUUUUUUCAGCCUCAAGCUACUGAGAUUCAUAAAGAGAGUGAGGGGAAACAGAAAAUAAGACAUCGGUUUGUUAAAUGUCUCCUCUGUGCCUUUUUCUGAGCCUGAACUGUUUGCAGUUUCGUUUUGAACAGGAGUCCAAUUUUUUUCUAUUCCAACAAAGAGGUUACAAUAUCAAGGCUGCACAAAAAGGACAAAAAACUGCAAAUUUUACAUGUCUGCAAUAUAUAUAAUGAUCUGAUAAAACACAUGAAUUUAUUCCAAAUGUAUGUAGAGUAUUUGACGUCUUUAGAAGCUAUUAAAAUAUCAAUAAAAUGAAAAUACUUUUAAAUUUGGAUCUUUCAGACUAUUUCUAGCUUUUAAAUCAAACCCUCUCAUACAGGCAGAAGGGAGAAGUCCAAACUGAGGAAGAGGAGAGAGUUCAAGUGGAGCAACAAGCUGCUGCAUAAACUUCACUGAUAGAAGCGACACCAACAGGACAACGUGGUCUGAGAAAUCUGCUCCAGAUAGAUAGAUGGAUGGAUGGAUGGAUGGAUGGAUAGAUAGAUAGAUAGAUAGAUAGAUAGAUAGAUAGAUAGAUAGAUAGAUAGAUAGAUACUUAUAAACCCAGAGGGAAAUAAAAAAAACCAGAGGCAGCACCAAUAAAACACAGUACACAUUUCACAAAUACUGUGGCAAUACCUACACUAAAUAAUAAAUCAGUCUAUAAACAUGACCAUAAGGCAGUAGUGCAAUGUUACUGCCUUAUGGUCAUGUUUAUGUAUAUGGUCAUGCUCUUCUCUAAAGACAGUAUUCUAGGUAACUGGCAGCUGCAGGUUUGUGACUCUGGAGCAGGUUCGCGCUCCAUGGUCAUGUGACAGACAGACUUCCUGCAUAGCGGGGAUUUUAGAUCGAUGUUUAUGCAGAUUAAGUCUGGACACUGAGAAUACAGGGUGACAGGAUGGUGUCAGAGUCAUGUGACUAAAAUCCCCCUUCCUGGGAUGAGAUUUUUAUCAUAUUUGUUCGUUUAAGCCCGCCUCACACUCUGAAUUUAAACUCUCACAAACUCCAGGUCGUUCAGUGGUUUUGAAUUCCUCACAUUGAAGUCUGCAGGAUGAUUCUGUUUCACAAAUCUUUCAGCUUGAAUACCAGCCAUGAUUUUUAUGAGUUAAAACAACAAUGCUCGCUCUCCACGGUUGAAACAGCUGUCAUUAUUCAUAUCGCUGCUGUUAUUUUUUUAUGCCAUUGUGCAGAAAUUCCAUUUAAGUCUUUCAGCAAACUGUAAUAAAAGUGAGAGAAAAGCAGACCAGUGAGCCUCCUCUCUGUCUUACGAGACUUUGGUCAUUCCCAGUGGUUUUACUGGUAGGGUGUUGGUUCUGCAGAAACACCUACAGAUCUAAUUAGGUGUUGAAAGGGAAAGCAUGACUGAACGAUGGAGGCUUUUGCAGAAAGAUUUGGUUUUCCAGCAUUGCAUUGACGAUUAAACACCCUGCAGAGAAAGCAGGAAAAAAGGAUUUGAAAAAGAGUCUCAGGCAGUAAUCGAACACGUGGACAUUUUCAGAUGGUGCGUGUAUGUGCAUAUGAGGUCUCACUGGAAAUUCCCAAUGAGCUGUUUGAACAAUCACUUCCUUUUUCCUGUACUUUGGCCACUGGCCUGAGGUUUCUAUGCAGACUUUUACUUUGAUAGAUAAGACAGGAAUUAAAAAUGUACAAAAGGGAAAUCUGCAGAGGCAUCAGACAAUCUGAUAAAGCUGAAACCACACAGCAGAUAUUUAGUGUGACUGACUUUGUAUGUGCAUUUACAGAAUCUGACUGAAGAGAGUCUUCCACUCAGAUCUUUUGGUUGUGUGUUGACCUAUCUCCUCUUUGUGUCGCUCAUAACCAAUGCAAACAAACAGCUAGCCCAGUGAGAAACUGCUGGGAGAACCAGAAUGCUCGCCUCAGUGUAAGUGUACACUCACAUAGAAAAUUUUCAGCACUUAAACAAAAUGAGCUGAAUCUGGUAGAUUCUGCCACCCCUGUCUGCAGAGAACUGCAGCCUAGCGGCUACACAAGUACCUCCCCUCACUAAGAAAAAAACUGCCAGCCAAAUACCACGACACAAAGAAACUUAACCGAGCUAAGAGUAAGGAAAAAGUACUACAAGAAUGUGCCCUCGGGGGCAGGAGAGUGCACAGCUAAUUUACAUACAAGCUAGGCGACACACACAACCAUAGACUGUAUAUAGAAUAGACAGGGUCUGCCUCCCUCGCUAGGUGAACCCACUUCAAGAACAGCACCCUCUGGUGACGGGCUGCAGUAUAGGUCAUAAAUCCCACCUCCUCCAGCAAUCUCUAUGGAGCUGUGAACAAACUUUAGAAAUUUAUUACACAGAACAUACAUUUUCUCUCCCUUAGUUGUGAUGUCGACAUGUAGUUACUGUAAGACUGGUUUGUGCUCAAGUCCUCUUUUUUUCCGUGCAGCUCAGUUUUUAAAAGUUAUUAGGGGGUUUAUAUUUUCUAUGAUUGACACUUGAUACAGCCUAUGGGUGUACAAAGAUUGUGUAGCUCACCUGGGGGAUACGCUGUUUGAGCCGAGCAUCAUCACAGCGACUCUCGGCGACUCUCCCACUGAAUGCGUACAACGCUACUGCACAAUGUUGGUUUCAGGAAAUGGAGAAAAAUCACGAAAAUACAGGGAGUUUCUCGGCUUCAAAUCCGUAUACUGGCGGAAGGCAGAACCUUACUUGACUUAGGUCGCAACGCGGCGAGAGUGAACAUGGUUGCGCCAAACAUCACAAUCCUUCAUCAGUGAAGCUAGCUCGCUGGCACUCUUCGCUCCAGUAUCCUUCUUUAGGGUAUCCACAUACGAUGUUCGUGGCCGCCCUCUAUCUCUGUGGCCGUGCUUUGGCUCCCAUAGCAAGACUUUCUGGGUGCUCAGCUCAGGGUGGCGGUGACAGUGUCCUGCAAGCUGGAGUCUCUUGGCUGCUAUCUUGUCAGCGACUGCGGGCAGUUCGCCGUAAAGCACUUCAUUGGUUGUGUGUGAGCUCCAGUGUACAUUUAGGACCCUGCGUAGCAUGCGUGUGUAGGUACCAUUGAGGGACUUCUCAAUUGCAUUAUUCAAUGCCCAACUCUCGCACCCGUAUAUGAGGAUUGACUCGACCGUGGCGACGAAGAAACGCUUCUUCAGACCUGGAUUCAUGUUGGACUUCCAUAUCCUGUCCAUAUCAUUGAGGACUUUCCAGGCCAACCCCUUUCUGACUUUGAUGUCCUUCAGGGAUUCAUCUACCCAGGAUCCAAGGCAGAACCAAGUUGUCCAUAUAUGGUCUAUGUACACAACACGAAGAAGCGUUUCUUCAUGUUGUAGGCAACAAGGACAUCAUAAAACGUAGCACCAAUACAGAAAUCAGUUUUUGAACAUUUGUUAAUUUCUCCCAAGAACAGCUGGUCACAAACUCAUCUUUGGAAAACUCCAUGUCAGUUUAUCUUCUUCCUCUUCUUCUUUUAAUAAAUUUUGGGCAGGCUGAAAGCAAGCGUACACAGCGUAAUGUUCCCCUUCACGGACUGAGUUAUUUUGUUAUUUUAUAUUUUCACACACAGACCAGAUGAAUUCCAUGAUAGUUUAACGCUACACAAGUACCUCCCCACACACCAAGGAAUACCCUGACACAAAAAACGUACCGGAGCAAAAAGCAAGGAAAAAAUAGUAUGAGAACAAGCUUGUCCAGGAGAUGGUACACAUUAAUUUACAUACGAGAUAGGUGACACACACACAUCACACACGGCCAAAAUGGGAUACUGGACAGCUAUGAACUUGAAAGCUGGUUCUCUCAGCAGAUUCUCAUUAAAAGGGACGAGUUGACCAGCAUUUUUUAACCAAGUAGUUUAACUAGACAGAACACAGACUGUAUGAUAACACCAACGUUAGGGCUGCUGGAUCAGCAAAAAUGAUCAUCAUGGUUACUUUAAUAUUUCUAUGAGAUAAAAUCUGAUUAACUGCUCAGCUCCAACAUCCUCCCACUGCUGCAGGCAGGUGGGGAAUCACCUGAGCUUUACCCUGACAUGACAUGAGGAGGCUGGGAGGGAGUAUUCCAGGUGAGGUCAGGGUGGAAAACCUGAUUAAUGGAUUGUGUUCUCACACGCAGUUCACUUCCAGGGUAAUUGCUGGAAAUUUUCAGGAGCUUCAUGCACGUCUGAGGGGGCUUUAGCGUGAAGUUUUUUAUACCAGUGCUACACAUAAAAAGACAGGUGUGCAGACAUCUUCACUUCUCUCAUCUGAUAAAUGAUUCUCCUUCUUCAGCCUCACAUUAUUUCAUUCAUCCUGUCACGUGUGGCUCUCCUGGGUUUGCAGCAGUGAUUUUUUCCUUGAAUAUUUCCUGAUGAAAUGUUAAUGCAGACCUGCAGGAAUAAGUCCAGGUGAAGUCAUCAUGAAGAUUUCAGCUCGCUCACAUGUGCAGCUCACCCUGGAAAUUUUGGGGAGCUUUCAGGAGCUAGGUGCCUGAGUGAAUAGAGCUAAGGAGCUGAACUGGGACAGAUUCAUGGUCUGCCACUGUUUCAGUGUAGGUCAGACAUGUGAUGAAUAGUGUAAUAAUCUGGGAGUCGUCCACACAUGUUACUCCUACACUUCAAUGUGGAAGGAGUUAACAGGUUGAGAAAUGUGUUUUUUUUUUACCACCCUAACCUUUAAGUUAGAGACAAGAUAAAUAAGGGAAGUUAAAAAGAAAACCUAAAAAUUCAGAGAUCAGCCGGUAUUUGACCUGAGAGGGCGGAGAAAACAGGUUUCUUAUUGUGUAAUAAGUGAGCAGACCUGAGUGUUGGAGGAACAGUUUCCUCCUCGUGCUUUCUGGAUCCUAUCCAGGCGUUUUGCAACAGCGCUGAUGAUGAAAUGUUGUUCCAGUGAAACUGUUACACAGAGGAAAAUGUCUUUAAAAGCCACAGCGAGUGAAUCAUAGUCCGGAUCUGCCAAAACCUCCAGCAGGCCUCGGGCUGCAGCUUUUACAUCACUCAGCUGGCAGAGACGCUCCCAGUGAGAGAACUGCAGAGACUGAAGCUGCAGAGACUGGAGCUGCAGGAGUGAAAUGCAGGUUUUACUUUCUGUUUUCAUUUAUGGAUGCAGGGAUUGAGAGGGAUCGGUCUGCGUUUUGAUUGCUUAUUUAUACAAACUUAUUUUGUAGUUUUUAUCCUGUCAGGAUCCUUUUGCAGAUCCUGAUCAGACAGGAUAACGGUUGUAAAUACUACUAAUAUUUUUAUGUUUUCAAUGUUUUAUUUUAUGCAAAUCUAUAAAAAAUCAUGUGGGAUAAACAGCUUGAAGAGUAAACCUAAAAUGUUAUUGCUUGCACCAGAUAGCGGUGGUAAGCGAGGCUUGAAAGUCAGGAUUUAUUUUCUCUGAUAUUCACGCUGUGAAACAAGGAAAGAGGAAGUGAUUUUUUCACACUAUGGUUUUUAUGACCAAUUGAAAAAUGACAGAAACAUAGAAAAAGGAAACUUUUGUUAUUAAGUUCAAUCUCAAAAUGAUAGUUUGAUGGUCAGGAUGUUUCUUUAUCAUAAAGCUACUUUAUUAUACGAUAAAAAGAUGCUGUGAUUGGAAUACAGCACUUUGCUGGCAUUUUAUACUUUAAACUUUGUACUUAAACUUUUCUUCAUAACAUCAUAAAACGCUAGACAUGAAAAGAUCUUAGUAUAAAUCAGCACAAGGUCUACAAACAAGAUUAAAAUCAUAUCAGUUGAUAAUUUCACAGUAAGUUCAAAGGCAGACACAGAGACAUUUUCUAAAUCCUUAGAAAUGAAUUUUGAUCUGAGUAUUUAUGUUUGAGCGCCAGGUCAGGACCCUCUCUGUACUUUUGCAUUAACAGGAACAUUUCUGUUGAGUAUUUUCAGUUUUACUCUCAAAGCUGGUUUAGCUGUAGUGAGUUUUGACUGUUGACCUGCAGAAACUGAGCAUGGAGUCUUUAAAGAGCUUGUGCAGUGAGCUGAGGACCUCUUACCCUCGUAUUACCGGGCAGCAAAGAUUCACAGUCAAUAACGCUCAGCUCUGCUGGCCUGAAGAGAGAAAAUAACACCAACGGUGUCGGAGAGAGCGGAGGAAUUAUGAAACUCUGCUCCUCCUGAAGCUCUCUGUGCACAGAUUCAUUUCACCCUCAGACACUUCUAAAAACACACACACACACACACACACACACACACACACACACACACACAGUCUGGACCAGAACCAGCUCUGUCCUACGUGAACUGUGUCUCACAAUAGAGUCUUUGAGAGGUUUGGACUCUGCUGUGAACACCCGUGAUCCUCUCUGCAAAUGGACGCCACACGGUCACUGCUCAAACUGCUGAUUGGACUAAAAGUCGUGAAACGCGCAGAAGAAAAAGUCUGAGCUUCAGGUGUUUUUUUUAAUUGGUCACUGGACACGCCAGAGAUCCAGUCCAGAAGCUUCUAGAUCUUCUUUAUAAACCCACCUCUCUCUCUCUUCUCUGUGUGUAGAUGAUGUGUCGGCCGACAGCAGUGCAGAGUUCCCUGACCGAGCGUCCAUGAUGGAGGUUCGGCUACAGGCUCAAGAGGACGAGAUCACGCUGCUCAAGUCCUCAUUGGCUGACGCUCUGAGAAGGAUCCGCCUCCACGACCAGCUGCUGCCGUUACUGACGCAGCAGCUCAUUGCAGGUGAGGACACAACUUAACAGAGGUGUAAGACCAGCGUCACUUUCGUGUUUCACUCAUGGAGAGUAACAGACGUCACUCUGGUCUCUGAUCCUCUGCAGUGAACCCGGCAGCGGCUCGAGUCCUGAACCAGGUGUGCUGCUCUGAUGGUUGUAACAGCAGGAAACUGUCGUCCAGCUGCACAGGUGACGGGAUCAGACUCUCUGCUAACAGGUAACAGACUAAUACUGGGGCGGGGGGGUUCAUUCUCUGGAUGUGGAGUUUAUUUCUGCUCAGAAACCUGUUUGAAUCAUGUGACCUCUGUGCUGACCUUUGACCUUUCUCUAGCCAACUGUCCGAGUCUCUGAGCACCACUAACGGACACAUAGGGAGCUCUGAGUCCCUGAAACAAAGACCUGGACCUGCCACUCAGGACAGGUGUACACAGACAGACCCCGCCCCCUCAGGGCAGGACAGGGUCCAUCUGUCCAGGCGGGUUCAGAGCCUAAACCUGGAAGAUGCCCUCCCCCCUAAGGAGUGUGCAGUGGAAGGGAUACGAGCCAAGCUGCACCGGGUUCCAGGUCUAGAGGAGUAUGAGGAGCAAGAGGAGGAUGAAGAAGGGGGAGGCGAGCUAGGCUGGACGUCGUCUGUGGAGGAGCCGAUCCAGCCAACAACGUUACGGGGUCUGCAAAGGGAAGAGUUUCAGGACGGGAGCUGCUCCCCUGAGGACCCAGGUUCCUCCUCCCCCUCAGUCAGAACCCCAGACCAGAACCUGAGCCCCAGAACUGGACCGCUGUCCCCCAUCCAGGAGGGAGAGAAGAAGCCGCUGUGCGUGGUCUCACUGCCGCCGUCCUGAUUAUCCACCUCUCUCUGUCUCUUAGUGAUUUCAUGACUGAUAGCGACCAAUCAGAUUCAUUAACACCUGUGUGACUGCAAACCCCACAGUGCUGCUCAUCCUCAUCUCUGACAGUGAGCGAGAAAACAUCCACUAAUGUGAUGAAAAAAGAUCCCGUAGAGGGCGUCGCUUUGUCUCACUCCAUCUAUUGCACAAAUAGCGUUAAAAAAAGAGAAACUUCCCUUAAAACAUCCAGUGAGUCGUAAAAACUUCCCAGUAUUUUAAAUGAUCCGAAACUUUGUUGAAGUGUUGACUAGUCAAUAUUGAACAGAUUUGAUUCAGUUUUGAGAUGAUGACAGUGUCUCAUAAUGACAAUGUGAAUACUUUCUGUUAAAUUAACAAGUUCAUUUUAUGUCCUUUUAUUUUAUAUGCUUUAAUUGUCUUCGUAGGGAAAUUUGUCAUGGGCUCUUCGAUGGUUCGCAGUUUAUAGAUAAAGAAGAACAGGAACAUUAAGUGAUUGCACCAGGCAACACAAAUAAAGAGUACACAGCAGCAACAAGUUUAAAUAAUUAAUUUUAAUAGUUUUUAGUAGCACUAUGACCUGUGCAUCAUUCCACCAUCUGCUCUUCUGCACAAACUGUAUCACUAAAAUGAUUUUAAAGCACAAACACAUUAGGUUGUGCAGUUCUGUGCAGUUUGCUCUAGUGUUGCGCCUGAUUGUGGAGAUGAGCUGUCAGCAUCCCAACUCUCUGUUGCACAGAGCUGAGCUGAGCACACUUUUCCUCACAGAUUUGAAAUCUGCUGCGCAUACAGAUAGUUUCUCUCCAGUUAUUAGUGAAAGUUUAUCAUGACACAUGUGACACAAAUUUCACAAUUUAGUUUGAAAUUAGUAUAUUUAGUAUAAAAUUUUGUAUGAAAUUAAUAUAUUUAGUAAAGAAUUUAGUAUAAAAUUAGUAUAUUUAUGGUUAAAAUUUAGUAUGAAAUUAGUAUAUUUGGCAUGAAAUUUAGAACAAAAUUAGUAUUUUUAGGAUAAAAUUUAGUAUGAAAUUUAGUUUAAAAUUAGUAUUUUUUGGGCCGACAGUUGUAUUUAAGAUCAAAUUUAGUAUAAAAUUAGUAUAUUUAGGAUAAAAUUUAGUAUAAAAUUAGUAUAUUUAGGAUGAAAUUCAGUAUAAAAUUUGUAUAUUUAGUAUAAAAUUCAGUAUAAAAUAUCUUCUCUGGAGCUAGAAAGCAAGAGCAGUUUGUUUAGAUAAAAACACAUUGUGUACAAUGGCUCCAGAUGGGCCCAAAUUAGGGAGGUUUGUCUACAGACGGCCACCACCUGAUGGGUUUAACUUCUGAUUAUACCAAUAACAAUAAAAUCAAAGUGAUAGUAAGAGUAUGAUAUUCACACUGGAACUUUGGAACUUGCACAUUUCCCACCACCUCUCAGCUGACAUAAAAACAGAGGUUGCAGUGAGGUUUAUGUGCAUUUCAAGACCCCAGUUUUAGUCCAGUUUAAGGCAUAAUGGACCCUUUAAAUAUGUGCAAACCACACUAGUGCAAAGAGAUGCCAUUUGCCCUGCAGCACAGUUUUAGAUGUUUUUAACACAUGAUGAGCUUCAAGAAUUAAACACCGUCUGUUUUCGUGAUUCAAGCCCAAAAAGAUCAAGAUAAAGAUUUGACAGUCUCGUUUUUUUUUCGGAGCCUCGGGUUUGUGGUUUGAGUUUGUUUCCAAAAAGACUCCCUGGAUCUAUUUCAUCACAUUAGCAGGAACAGAUUAGAAAAUUCACCUGGAGAGGUUUGAUGACAUGAUCUGUCGUCGUGUUUGCUCUUCUCUCUGUGUAUUUUCCUCCCCCUGUGUUUAAGCACUGGGUGAGGAAACAUAAAGCCUUUUUUGUUGAGCACAAUAGAGGCGCUCGUGCACACUGAGUGACAGAUCCAAGAUUAACUCCACACAGGUUUGAGCCCAGUGGAAAAAGUGACGAGAGGGCAAUUUAACAGAAAAACAGCUACAAGCAGGGUUAGUGUUACAGUGUGUUUACACUUCAGCUGAGCGAGAAAGGUCAAAAAUAAAGAGUUUAAAAUGUCCAAACUGCACACAUCAGAGUUCAUUUCCAUCAAAUGAACCUCCACACCGAAGUUUUGGUCUGUAUAAGACGAUGCAGAUGUGCAGAUUCAGUUGGGGUUUGCAGAAACACACUAACUUUGUUCAAUCGACAGUUUUUCCGAUGAACUUCUGCACUAAUCAUUCUCCUCUUCAAACAAACGAAGGAUCUGCUGCAUGCUGUGAUUUGUUCUGUACUCUGAAAUCAAAGAAUCGGAGCUCUGCUGCUUUUGUUUACUCGUGUGUGAGCUCGUGCAUGCAACUCUUCUUUGUUUCACUUCCUUGUAGUGGCUUGUAAAGGUUUUUUUUUGUUGUUGUUGGUGAUGGGUAACAGAAGCUGCUCAGCUCUGACAUGCCCCUCCAUGGAAACUGGAGGUACUGGGAGAGCUAUUUCCUGCGUGCUCUAAAUUCAACACUGUAUUUAAAGAUUAGUGCAGCGAUAAAGGAGAAGGAGAGGGGGGGAUGAAUUACCAGAUAGGUUUCACUUCCCUGAUUUACUGCCUGUGACGUGGAGAAACGCCAAAGGAUUUUUUAGUCUUGUAACACUUCCUGUUGUAGAGUGGUGGGUCACCAUGAAACAGCUAGGUGCAAAGACAACAUUCAAAUUUUAAAAGUAAAAAAACAGAAAAGUUUUUAUGAAAAAUGUCUGUUUCCUCAUAGCUUGUGUUUUCCUUUUGAGGUAUAUUACCUCAAAGGUCAUGGGAAGCUCAUAUCCUAAUAUGGCUUUCAUUCUUUUUCCUACUUCCUCCCAAUACUUACUUAUUUCUUUAUACAGCUCCAGAAAACAUGGGUUCCCUCAAUAAAUCCUUUCUUCAAACAAGGGCUGAUAAAAAAAUCUGACAAAAAUUCCUCCAGUAGAAUUCCCUCCAGUAUCUUGAGCUAGAAGUCCUCAUCUGUGUCCUGCACAUAUUGUACCAUUCUUCUUUUGAUAUUUUUCUUUACCAUUUGUCCCUUAUAUAAAGAGUUGAUGUUGUUCUGCUUCUCACCAGACUUUGGCAGUAUAGGUCAUAAAUCCCGCCUCCGCCAGCAAAGCUUAUGGGGCUGUGGACAAACUUUAGAAAUUUGUUACACAGAAUAUACAUUUUUUUCCCCCUGCUUGUGAUGUUGACAUGUAGUUACAAUAAGACUGGUUUGUGCUCAAGUCCUCUCUGUUCUGUGAACCUCCGUUUUUAAAAGUUAUUAGGGGGUUUAUGUUUUCUAUGAUUGACACCUGAUACAGCCUAUUGGCAUUCAGGGAUUGCGUAGCUCACCCGAGGGGAUACGCUGUUUGAACCAAGCGUCAUCACAGUGACUCUCGGCGACUCCCCCGCAGUAUGCGCACAACGCUACUGUGCGGCACAGGUUUCAGGAAAUGAAGAAAAAUCCUGGAGAUACCGAGAGCUUUUUGGCUUUAAAUCCAUUUACAGGUGGGAGGCGGAACCAAGUUGUCCAUAGUUUAUACAGUCUAUGGUUAAAACCCCUGGUUUAAAGUUUUUAUUGUAUGCUAUCCCUCUGAAAAUCUUUGUUUCCUUCUCCAAGUUAUAUUUCUUAACUCCCUGGAACCGGAUUUCCAAAUUAAACCUAGUAACUGGGUCCAGCAUUUCCUCUUUUUCUUUAAACAUUUUUCUGUUUGCCUGCAUACAACAUCCUUCAACAUCUUGUGAAUUAGUUUGUACCACUCCAACAAAUCAAGUGCCGCAACUGUGCAGCAUAGAAAUAUUCUUCAAGAUUUUGUAAGUCCCCCCUGUCCUUCGGUAAUUGAAGCAGCAUACAUCUGAUACUUGGUCUGUGCCCUUUCCAGAUGAGUCUUUAAUUUUUUUAUUCCACUCUUGAAAUUGCAGAGGUGGAAUUGGCACCAACUGGAAUAAAUAGAAAACUGUUGGUAGAACAUUCAUUUUUAUAGUUUCAACCCUUGAACUAAAAUCCAACAUUAAUACCGACCAUUUUCCCCUGUCCUGAAAUACUUCUUGAUUAAGAGGUACGCAGUUACUUUCCAACAGUUUUUUUUGUAACAUUUAUCCCUCAAUAACAAAGCAUUUUAUUGCUCAACUGAAAGUUAUAUCUAUCCUGAUUUUUUUUUUAGAUGAGGGGGAAUAAUUAAACGAUAACACUUGUAUUUUCUGGACAAUUUGUUUGUAGACUGAGAGGUACCCAUAGUUUUUUAAUAUGUCAUUAAUUUUGGGAGGCGGGAGUCUGUUUCUUUUUAAAUAAAUCAAAACAUUGUCAUAAAAGAGCCCACAGACAAUGGUUUUUGAAGUGAUUUUGAGCCCAUGCUGUAGAGUCCUGUCUGUUUUUAAUGCUGUACUGAGCAAGAGAAAGACCUCAUAUAUUAGACAUUUCAUAGAGCUGGGAGAAACAAGCUCAGGCUGCCAAAGAUUAAAGUUGAGAAGUUACUGUGAAAAUAAGAAAACUCUGAUGUGUUCUGGAAUUUCAAAGUUCUCAGUUUACCACAAAUGUUAUUCGAAGAAGAUACUAAUUUGUGGUUAGAUGUUUGGGUGUAUUUUUUGAUGGAGUUCACUCCUUACCCAUAAAAUAACAAAUUAUUCAAAAGCAACGUCUCUGAAUUCAACUUGAAAUCAAUGAAGCGAAAGAUCAGCAGAGAUUUGCCAAACCUGGCAGAAAAAGGCAGCAUGGUUGCCAUCAUAACUUUUGUUAACUGUAUUUUUGAGUUGUUGAAUGAAAAGUCAAGGCCAAGGUAAAGACAGGCGUGGUUGGUGAGUAAAAUUCAGACCAAAGUAGAGAGUGAUGAUGUCCAAAACUUUUAGAAAAUGAACCUGUGCUGCACUGAGUCAGACUUCUCGUUGAUGCUUGUUUCUGGGUGUAGCUGCAUGCACUCACUCUGGCUGCUGUUAGGUGUUUGCAUGCAUUAGUAGACGACUAACUGCAUCCUUCUGCGCCUGAUUUACAGUCUGUUUAUGCCGUUCACUCCUGGAGUCUGACUCCUGUCCUCGGGUUGUUUUAGAGUUCGCAGGAACAGCGAGAAGAUGGGAAACCCGGAGAAACAGAGGAAACGUCUGGACAAGAAGGCGGCGUCCUCGGCUAACCUCCUCACCCGCUCGCCCAGCCUUGAGAAGUGAGUCACAUGGCUGCAAAUCACGGCUGUCACACACAUAAACACACACAGCCGCUUGGAUCUGAUAUAAGAGACACAGACUGGGACUCUGAAGCCCAGAUGAACAACAAUGAAAUUCCUCUCACAGUUUUAAGACCCUGCAGAGUGACACAGACGGUUUAAAAUGAUGUAUUUCUGUCUCACUCCACUGUUUUUUUCUCCACAGUCGAGCCAAAGAGCUGAUCGCCAGUGCAGGUGAGUUAUCACUCAAUACUGACAGUUGUGUGAGGUUUUCCAAAAGGCAAAGGAUUCAGUCAUCCACAUACAGUCUAUUAGCUACUUAAUGGAUACUACAGGACAGUUAAAAGCCCUAAAACCCAAGAUUUAUGCCUUACUGAUAUGUCACAGACAACCACUGGGCAUCCAACAUGGAGACAGAUGAGCAGUGAGAGCCAGCGCCUACCUGCACCUGUGCAGUAUUAAUAAUCAAUUAUUAAUAUUAAUAAAAAUAAUCCAGCAUUGACGGUAAACUGGCAGAGACUGGUCUCUUUUUGGAGCAGGAUUCAAAUCUGAAAUAAAGGUUCAGUUUUAAUCCUCUUGCUGAAAAAUACUGAGGUGUCAAAACUGGGGUAUGAACUGUGAAGUUAAAGGGAUAUUCCGGCAUAGAGUUAAGUUAGGGUCAAACACCCCGUCAAGAGAUGAGUGUUGCAAACUGCUUGCUUCUCUAGUUAUACCAACUUUAGUAACGACUACACGAUAACAAUAUACAGCGGUCUACCACUCAACGCACAAACCUCAAUCGGUGUUAUGGUUUGCUUGAUCCUAACUUAAUUUUAUGCCGGAAUAUCCCUUUAAGAUUGAGAGCAGGUUUGGGGACUUGGAUUUUGUGUUUGAAAACAGUUUGAAACUGUAAAAACUUCUUUGUUGAACAAGUGUCAAUGCAACUUAAAUCUGAGAAAUAACUUGGUCUGGUGCUGGUGCAGCUCAGUACAUCACAGUCUCAUCUGCAUAGAAAUAAAACUUUGCACUGAACACAUUUUAAUUUGACAUCGCAGAUGUAAGGAAGAAAAAUCAGUGGUCCCAACACCGAGCUGUGGGGAACUCCUUUUGUUACUGACCGGGAGCUAGAGGUGCAGCCCUCUGCCUGCACACACUGAGCCCAGUCUGCUGUAACUUGAAAGCUCCUAUGAGGACCUCUCUCUUUGUGUUGAUUCUGGCGUCCCCUGUGGACAAAGUGAUGCCUCUCAUUACUUUGCUGUUUGUGUAAAUUGAAUUCACCUUAUUGCUUCUUUUAAACAUCAGAUUUCAUCACUCAUCUUAAAUAUUUGCAGUGGAAAGUGAAUAAAAAGAGUUUUGUCCCCAGUGUUGUCAUUCAGCAGCUACCCUAGCUAGCAAGCAUCAGGUUGAUUUCAGUCUGUUCCAAAACCAGAAAAAAACUCCUCACAUGAGCUUUAAGGGAAAGAUAAACUGAAUUAACCAGAUAAUACCCAGAGAUAAAAAUCGCAGCCUUGCAGUGCUCAUAUUUCUCUCUGCUAAUCCUGCAUCUGAGUUAUGCUGUCACUCCAACAGAAAUUAGAUUUAUGGGGUUUACAUGUAGCUUAUCAUCCCUCUUUACUGCAGAGGUAAGCAUCAAAGGCUUAAUUUCAAAAGGCUUUAUCCUGUCCUGUUAUUCAGUAACCAGAAACAUCCUGUAAAAAGAGGACAAAGACACACCUGAAGAUCAAAACCUGAGAUAAUAUCAGGGCAAGUUGUGCAAACAAAGAGUAGGUUUACCGCCUCUCUGUGUAAAUGUCACAUCCUAAACAGAGCGGGUUCAUCUGAUCUGUGCAGAUUGGAUUCUUUGUGUGUUUUCCCGCAGACAGAGUAACUUAAAAACAGGCUGAACAGUAAUCUUAAAAACAGGACCCUCUGAUUGACAGGUGACCUUUUAUUUGGAGUGCAGUGCAGAAGAGGGCGGGAUUUGCUCUCCUAGUUUCUGCAGAAGAAGAAAAACGGUGCCAUGACAUAUUUCUGCGAAUCAUGAUCACUGGUCGUGUGUUUUCCCACGUUUUCUUCCACCCUUGCUUUACUGGAAGAAAAAUCUGACUCUAUCCCCAUGCUCAGGCGCUCUCACUGGUUCACACAUGGAGUCAUCUGUGUAAAAACAAGAGCAUUUCCCAACAAACCACAGUGUGGUUAGAGUAGCUUUUAUGAGAGCUGGCCUUCGCUCUGGUUUGGGUUAGCUCUGAUUUUAGGCUUCAUUCCUGCAGAACGCUGCAAUUUAGUUCAGGACACGCCGUUUAUGAAAGUCAAGCGGAGGAUUUGAAGAGUAGAAACUGGUGCAAAACUUUGGCUCUGCAUAAGACAGACCUCUACAGGACAGCUGCACAGAAACUUGAGCUUUUUUUCUAUGGGAUCAUUUCAACCUGAAAUGAAAGUGAUUCUUGCAAAAGCAUUUUUGUUUUUGCAUCUGGAAUAUAAGACUGUCUGAUCGUUGCAUUGGUGAUUUGUUAUGUUUCUUUCUUGGUUUGUGUUGGUUUGCCCUGCAGAGAGCCGGAUACCACCAUCAUGUCUGCAGAGUAAACAUAAAGUCAGACUCUGUGUUUGUGCAUAAACAUUUGCAGCUACAGCUCCUGUGUGGAAUUUUUUGAAGCUAAUGAACAAGACUGAAAUUUAAAUUGGUGCAUUUUUAUGGUAAGCAAACAAGACCAUCAGUGACAAGACUGAAGAUUUUUAUUUUGACAUUUUUAAAGGGAUAUUUUAGUAUUUUUUAAGUGAAGGGUGUAUGAGUUACAGUCAUUAGUACGUGUUUUGGCUACAGUGGAUGUCGGUCAGCCCGGCUCCUUUAAUAAGAAACUGCAGAGAGAGCCAGCAUGCAAGCUAGGCUACAGUUUUCUGCAAACGGGGCGAGUCUGCCAAAUACUUAUCUUAGGUCGCUUUCACACCUGACCAAGCGGACCCGGUUCGAUUGGGGAGCUGAUAGUCGCAACAUUGUUGCAUUUAUCACUUGUUUCGGUUCUGCUUUCACACUGUGAUUUCUAAAGCGCACAGAACUUUCGGAGCAGCAUCAGGUGGUUGAAAGGGGCACUCAUCGAUUGGACAAAGUAGGAGGGGUAUGUAACCUCACGGAUUACAAACGGGUGGACUAGCCGUCUUGUAUUGUGCUUCCUAUAAUGCUCUCGUAGCUUGUCAGGGAUUGAUCCUGUUAUUUUUCUUACUUUGACGAUCUAACAUGUGACAACAUAAGAGCUCGGAGUUUAAGGACUGUGACUGUUGGUAGUUGUGAUUUGAUUUUUUUUAAAUAUGCCAAAUUGUGAAUUUAUGGGUUAUUGUUGUUCAGACAAUUGAGCUAAGCUAGCUAGCAACUGCUAAUGUCAGCGGUCACGUGUUGCCAUAGCAACAAAUGAUGCCGUGCUUCCUCUACCCAAGAUGCACUGCGUAUAGCAUCAUUACAUACAUUUGGUCCUGUAUUUGGUCCAGUGAGCUUUCACAAUGCAUACGAACCGAAACCAGGGUUCACUUGCAAGCGAACCAAGACCCACGUUUUCAGGUGGACCAGAGUUUGCUUGUUUGGUCCGCACCAGAGUUCGGAUGAGCUUUCACACCUGCCCAAACGAAGAGGACUAUCCGAGGAAACGAACUCUGGUCCGUUUAAAGCGGACCAAACAGCUCUGGUGUGAAAGCGACCUUAGUCUAACAUACACUCUACUAAAAAACUUUUCAGCUCUUUGCCAUUAGAAGUCCUGUUUGUUUUUUAAAUAGUGCAAAAAUAAAUGGGCUUUCUGACAGCAAUGGCGAGGGCUGAAAAUUCAACCCGGUUUGAAGAGCACUGUAACCUAGCUUCUGCGCCGGUUCCCCCCUGCAGUUUCUUCUUAAAGGGGAAGAGCUGGUCGAUGUCUGUUGUGGCGAAAACUGACUCAUACAUCCUCAUUUCAAAAGUAUUGAAAUAUCCCUUUAAAGCCUGAAAGUGGUACGACUUUCAGAAGUCAUCAGGGUGAGAUUUCUGUCAAUCCAGCAUGUAAAGAAAAAAGCAAGCAACUGCUGCUUUGUCCACAGGGGGCGCCAAAUUUGCAAGACCUGACUGUUCCUCACAGGAGCUUUAACUCAGAGGACAAACUUUUACAUUCAGGGCUUUCAUUCUCUUUGCAGCUGAAAGCAAGGACAUCUGUCUCUCACACAGUUGUGUUUUUGUGCAUUCGUGACAUGGUUAGGAUGUUUCUUAUGAUUUAAAACAGAGUGAGGGCUUCAGCGUUAGUGGAAAUCACUGUUUGCGUAACUCUGUUUUAACAGAUGUAUAAUUCAGUCUAACUUAAGCCUGAGCUCCACAGAGGUCGUUUUAGAUGCUUUGAGUCUGACUAUGUGAACACCUGAACCAUGAAUAUGCAGGAUAUUUCCCCCUCUGUGUUUAAAUCAGAGACAUUUUCAGUCUGCAGGGACAGUUUGUACACUGUCUCGGUCACGUGCUUUGUGGUUAGCCGAGCGGUUGCUGCUCUCCAGCUCUCCUGACGGGGUGAUGGAUGAUCCGCUGUGCAGAGGAGGAGGCCAGAAAAACAUUUUUCCUGUUCUCUGUCAUUUUAACUCUCUGUCUGUCCUCACAGUUUGUGUUUGGUGGAGUAAUAGUUCAGCUUUGGAUCAGCCUGAACUUCAAGAUUCCUGAGACAUUUAUGGGACGUGUGUCUAAAAGUGGCUCAUAGACUAGAACUUAUUGGAAUCACUGUCCAUCAAACAGCAUAAAAAUAGCUCAUUUAAAACAGAUUCAUAAUCUGCCUGUUUUCAUUCUAACAAGUUUAAUCAUAGAGUUAGAGACUGUGUUUAAUCCAGGCUAAGUUUGGACGCUCGUCCUUGGAGCAGAAGUUAAAUUACAGUGCCUUUUUUUAGCUUCAUCUGUAGUUAUUACAAUCAUGAGAGUGUUUACUCAGAGCCAUCACCAUCCAGACACAUUUUAGAGAAACUAGUACUUUUGUAGGAAUCAUGAAUACAGCACAGAGCCACUUUCACUUCUGUUCAGAGUACAAACAAAACCACUUUGGCUGCUUUUGAAUAGCAGAAACCUGGAACCUUUAGAGGAAUUCGGUAUGUCUCAACAGCAGGAACAGGGUCUAAAUUAAGUUCUAUGGGGGCUGAUCUGCACACUUGGAGUCUCUGUGAGAGGGGUACGACUCUCUAAAGGUGCAGGAACUUUAGAGUGGAGGGCCUGAAGAUGAGGUCCUUCAUUUACAUUUGAAAUAUGAGGGCUUCUUCUUAUCGGGAAACAGUCUUGUUUACUUUAAAAAUAGAUGCUUAAUUUACAAACAGUCACUAGCUGAGCAGAGAGAGGAGCAGACAGGUAGAGGAGAUUAAACAACAGCAAAUAUUUCCUGUAACCUGCUGAUUUCUAGUGAUAGCUAACCUGUGGGAACCAUUUUUACACCAAAGCUCAACAAAGACUCACAGAGCUGUAAAAGUGUCUGAGCCAUGUCCCCCGUCAAUUGAUACAUCAGGCACUAAAACAGACAACAAACAGGUUUGCAAGGGGCUGACUGUUUGUAUGUCAGUAAAUGUAAACAUCAACUUUACAGCUCUACCACACAUUUCUGCUUCUAAACUUUCAGGCUAGAGCCCAACGCUAUAGAGCAUGCUCAGAACUCCUGGGCCAGUCUGACGCCAAGCAUUUAUGCAAGGAGAAAUAUCAGACCGCAUUGUUUGGGUGUUUAAGAUAAUAUGAAGUUUGAUUUAUUGUGAGUCCAGUCAGAGGCUGCAGUGUCAGGACCACAAUUUAGGGCCAUUUUCUCCAGAACUCAUGUUUGGAUAUGACCGUUUGGUUAGGUUCUGGGAAGACUUUGGGUCACACACCAAAAAAAAAGGUUCCAUUUGUAUUCUUUUUUUAACAAAAGUUCCAGGAACCAUUUGGUUUCAUAUCAUCAGGUUAUGGGAUUUUUUUUGUUCCUGUGCGAUCUACCUGUCUGUAUGUAAAUCAAGCUCCCUUUAGCAUCUUAGAUAUAAACAAGGUGGUUUCCUAGUAAAACCAACACCAGAAACUGUUAGAACAGUUAGAAGACAGUUUUUGUAUGUGAGAUAAUGUCCACAACAUCUCCACCUUAGAUGUAAGUUGAGGACCUGUUGUGAAUGAGAUUGUCUCAGACCCUGUCCCCCUUCAGCUCCUGGACUUCCCUCUAAGCAGGAUGGAGCGAUCAGUUACCUCAAAACUAAAUUUGGACCCGGGUUCCUGCUGUUAAAACACAGUUCCCUACAGGGUCCUUGGUCUCUGAGGUGGAGGCUGCAGUUUUAGGACCACAGUUCUGGACUUGGGUUUCAUCACAACAGUAAAGGCGAGGAUUGGGCAAAGGUGUGGGUCAGACAGUAAAGAUGGUUACAGUUAGGUGCUUAUUGGAAAAUUGUUGUGCCUCACACUUGAGGAGCUGUCAGGUGGUCCAGCAGUCUGUCCGUGGUUCAAAUGGGAGGUUUGAAGAUUUUACUGGUAAGCUAAAAAACACUCAAGGAUUGUGUAUCUCAUCUGGCCUGUAAACGCCUCAGGUGGAGCUGGAAAAAACUGAUGGGGAAAAUGACGUCUGUAGCCGUGUAAUCCUAUCCUGAAUGAGCAAAAGAACUGGAGGGUGAAUGUUCGUUUAUUUCUUUUCAUUCAUUUGAUGGUUUGAUAGUUGUUUCUUCCUGCAGACUCUUUUCUUACUCUAAGGGUCCUUCGUGUUUAAUCCGACUACCCUUCUUAUCUUUUCGCGUCUUAGAGAAACAGGAAGGCGCUGUGAUUUAUGGUCUUCCUGUUCCUCACUGUCCCAUGACUGUUGUUGUUGUUACUUGGUCAAAGGUCAAGUCUCUUCUCUGGCCAUCCUCCAUCGAGUUUUACUAGUGACCAGCAUUUAAAAGUCUCACCACAGACAGAUAGUUGAACACCGAGCCGGCUCAGCCUUCACCCUCCAGCCUCAUAAACGAACACCACAAUGGCCAAGUCAUCAGAGCCAGGCUGGAAGUCCCAAAAAGAGAUGGAAAAGGAAAAUAUAACACAGCUUGAAACUCAAAGCUCAUAGAUCUGAGUCGUAGAAAUCGUUAUAGGCCCUCUGAGACUUCUCAGGUCAGAGUCGGGCCACCUAUGACUCAGAGUUUAAAGGAGGAGGUGUUUAUUGGUCUGCUAACCUUGUGCUUUUAUCCUUACAGGUUCCCCUGGGUCCAGACGAGGAACCUAUGGCCAAGGUAGACCUGCUGUUAUGUAACACUGCACUUUUUAUGCAUUUUUUUACUGUUGCACAAAACACACAAACAGUUUCCUGCUGCCCUCCAGCAUGGUCAAAGCUCUGAUGAAUUUGCAUGCCCCAAAUAAAAUUGCCCUCUCUGUGGUUAAAAAUUAAACACGACCUCAGUUCAGGCUCAGCCUGCAGAUCUGAGUACCAGUUAUCUCAGGUGACAGCUCAGCCAAUGACCUCUAUGUAUCCAGUAGGGCUGGGUAAUAUGACUUCAAAUUAAUAUCAUGAUAUAUUGAGCAGUUCACCUUGAUAAUGAUAAAUGGACAAUAACUACUCCACAAGCUGCUCAGCCCCUCCCACAUUAACUUCAUCUACUUCAGCCGCUUCAACUUUUGAACCGUCCUUCAUCUCCUCAUCUGUCUUUCCCUCUUUGUUAUGGGGUGGAUGGGGUGGAGUCACGCCUCUGAUGUAGAACAGUGUGUUAAAGAGACAUGAGACCAUAGCCUACCUACACACAUCCAAAACCAACUUUUAUUACUUUAUUUUUUGACACCAAAUAUAUCGAUAUGGGCAAAAUGAUGUCAGUUAUUGUUGUAAAUUUUGGUAUCUGUAAAUUUUCGGUUUAUCGCCCAGCCCUAGUAUCCAGUAUUCAAAUGUUGAGAUGUCUGUUUUGUUGAACUGCUUUAUUCUGCAUAUUCUUCCUGCUUCCUCUACAAAUUGCUGAACAACCCACUUCCACUCCACCGACUCUGUUCUUCACCCUUUUGGUCUUUGCUGCUGCUCUCCCUGCCUUGGAUAUUAUGUAUGAGUAUGAAAGAGCAAGUAAAUGUGUUACCCCCUGCUAGCCUUAGGCAUUCUUCAAGUGCUCAUGGGAGAAGAGAGAGCUCUACCUUAGGGGUCUUUGCUGCUACUCUCCCCGCCUCAGGUUUUAUAUUCCAAUUUGCACAUGGACUUGCAGGGGGCUCUCAGAACAGAAAUAAUCUAAAUAAUCUAAACUAUCAAGUCUUUCUGUCUGAAAAAAGCUGAAUUUAACUAAAACACAUUUUUCUUAUUUGCUCUGUUUAUGUUACAGGACAGUCGAUAAAAAUGUUCAUCCGAGGCCGUCCAAUCACCAUGUACAUCCCCUCCAACAUCCAGAACUAUGAGGACCUGAAGAUGGAGCCACCCUCAGAGAGACUGGAGCUGGACUGGGUGUAUCCUUUUCUAGCUUCAUGUCCGUAUUUAUGAGAGCUGUGUUACAUUCAGACGGAGCUGAUUUCACUGUGAGGUUAUUUCCUGGACUGAAGCCACACUGUCAGUAAUAGAAAUGAUCUUUUUUAAAGGUCCGCAGAGAGCUGAAUCAACCAAAGAUUAACUGUUAGACUUGGAUAUGUGGAUACCAGAUGUUUAAUACACAACUUUAUCGCCAAAACUUGAUUUAUUUUCAAACAUUUACCCGUAGAUCAGUCAAUAUUAAAACACGAGAGUAGUCUUGUGAUUCACCUUGACACUGUGAUGCAGGUAUGGUUAUCGGGGGCGGGACUGCAGAGCUAACCUGUACUUCCUGCCGACAGGAGAGGCGGUGUACUUUAUCGCCUGUGUUGUCGUUCUCUACCACAUCAACAACCGAACACAACGACACUACCGCAAACACACCGACUGUGUCCGCUGGUCAGUAAAGAGAUUUUUAUCAUCUGUUUUUGAAACAUAAAGAAUCUGAAAUCAUCUGAACUUUUUUGUAAGAAAAUUAAAAAACUGUCUUGUUCUAAAACAGAUGAGAGAGGUAGAAACACAGAUACGCCAGCAUAAUAGCGCAUAAACUCUUUGAAAUGUUUCUUUAUGAGUGGAUGUGCUGUAAAGAAAAAGUGUACGAUGGAAAUUCUUUAGAUUUUUUGGACAGGACUCGGGGACACAGUGUCCUGUGGACAUGAUUCAUAUAUCCCUAAAACUCUUGCUCUCUUACCUCUAAAGUAAUAAACAUACAUCUUUGCUGUGCAGAAAUCUUGUGUACUUUCAGACUUUAUACCUCCUGCUGCCAAGUCGCCUCUGCCAACAAUUUCUCACAGAUUGGAAACCACUUUUUUACAUCAUCCAUCUUUCUGUAGAGUCAGUGGCUGCACUGGGUUCGACUGCCUUUUGUUGACAGCUCCCUCAAUCAGGUCUUUUGUGCUUGACUGAGGUGUUUAAAAAAUUGGUAAGAUUACUUACUCGUGUUGUCUGAGUCUGUCUGAAGACGUAACAACACGCCAGGAAUAGACAUGCCAAGAGCUGAUGAAGUUAUUUUUGGUUUAACCUGGAAAUGAACUUAACCAGGUCUUUAUGUGGCGGCUCAGGGCGGGUACCGGGUUGAUUGUGUGCAAGCAGACAUGUCUUUGCCUGCCUUUAGGCCACUCUUACCACAAACCUGUACAAAAUAUAUCGACUGAAAGAAUGGGUGUGAUAUAACGUUCAUUUUUUCAUCUGAAUCAGAGUUAUGGGACUUUCCCUCCUGCUGUAGUCCUACUGAGUACAGAAAGUGUUUACACAGGCCCCGGUGAACCUCACAGAAAUUUAAUAUAUCUGUUUUAUUAAGAAAAUCAAUCUAAAUUCAAUACCAGACUGUCAACAAGAAACAACCUGCGAAACAACGAGACUUGAUUUUGGAAGGUUGCUGACAAGCAGGACUUGGACACACAUGUAGUUGAUGGAUAAAAUUAUGAAUUUAUCUUCUACCAAGUAAAAUCUAAUGUAAAAUCUCUCAGUACCCAGAAGUAUAAAGGUGAAGGGUUGAACAGACUGAGUUUUAUUAGCAGUCUUUAAAAAUAAUGGUUUCUAUUAGAGCGCAGAGCAUGGACAGCAGCUGAAAAUAACUUCAGGGUCUGACAGCUCGCUGUGGUUUUGGCUUGAGGAGACGGGAGCGUGGAUAUAUAAGUGUCCAUUCUAAUACAUGAAAAAUAAAAGCAACCAGAUUGAAUUUAAAAAAGAAAAAUACACCAUCCCUAUAAAAUAUGUGGCUUUAAUGAGGAAUUUACUGCAGUUUCCACAGUCUCAAAAGUCUUAAAGCAGUGCAGUCUUAAAUUGCAGUAGCACGUGUUUCAUUUCUUUAAAGGUCUUAUAAGGAGUCUCAAACUGGAUAUGAAAAGGCCUAAAUUAAUGCUGGUGCUUCUAUAUGACCCACAAAAACAAAGGAGUCAAUGAGGGUUCAAAAGUAGGUUUAUUUGAGUGUUAAAAUAAAGCAGGCUGAUUGCACAUCACUAGUUUGUUUGUAUUUUUUUUUUCAAUUCUUAUUCUAACAGGUUAUUGUUCACUUUGUUUUUUUAAACCCUAACUUGUCAUCAAGUUAAUAAUAAUCUUUGUCCCUCCUGCAGUCUGACUCUCCAUCCUGACAAAGUGAGGGUGGCGUCUGGACAGACAGCUGGCGUGGAUAAAGAUGGCAAGGUGUAAAAAAACAUCAAGUCUUUUAUACUUUUUGUUACUCACAAAAGUUUUUUGCCAGAGUUUUAUCUUUAAUUUUGUCUCCUUUAGUUUGUCCUGGUUGAUGUAGUUUAGAGCUGACUGUAUGUUUGUGUGUUUUAGCCUUUACAGCCUUGUGUUUAUAUCUGGGACUCGACCACGCUCAACACUCUGCAGCAGCUCGGUGGAGGGACUUUCCAGAGAGGAGUGGGAUCGGUCGCUUUUUCAUUUGCGGUGAGUCCCAUCCACUGAACAUAUCAACUCUGAUGAUACUCAUUCCCUCAGGGAUGCUGGAUUUAGACUGGGAGCUGAGAACAAGCAGGAUGGACUAACUAAUCUCUAGAGAGGAGGAUAUAGAGUCCAAGAUUUUCAAAAGGAACGUCAGAUUUAGAUGUGACAGACAGUGGGACAGUUUUCCACUUCCCCUCAGUCCACUUUAAAUAGACUUAAUAUAUCUGGAUCAGUUCUAUUUAUAUGAUUUAUCUUUGUAUGGUAUAUUUUUAAGCCACAGAUAAUGGUUUAUGGAAGUUAUUUUGAGCACAUGCGGUGAUUUCCACUACAGAGUCAUGUAUAUUUUUAAUGCAGUUCUGCCUGAGGGCCUAACGGCAAACACCUACAAUACUUCCGCCCAAGCUAACUUACUGUGCCCCCUAUCUGUUAUAAGUAUGUAUUCAUUUGGAUCCCCAUUAGCUACUACCUAAGUAGCAGCUACUCUUCCUGGGGUCCGCAAGAAGACAGUACACAUUUGUAUAGACUAAAAUGAUAAAAGUCCAAACAGGAGAAUUGUACAAGAAGUUAAAAUCAUAACUAAAACAAGAAUUAUGAUGAUAUUACAUUUUCAAUUACAAUAGACACCAUUAAAGGCCAAGAUAAAUCUACUAGUGAUCAAAAUCUCAUUGGCAUGUAUUGUAUUUUGUCACAGCCUAGUCUAAGUGUUCUGUCUCUUAUUUCAUUGAGUCUGGAUCAUUAGAUAUUGGUAGACCUACUUUUAAAACACAUGGUUAACCUUGUAAUGACAGAUGGAAGACUAUUCCAUAUUUUCCUACCUCUGAACAUGACAGGACGCUGUCCAGAGUUAGUAUUGGUGAGUAGGAGUGUUAAAUAAUCAUUUGAUGCAUGCCUUGUGUUGAAAUUAUGGCCAUUACGACUAAACAGUAAUUGAUUAAACAAAACAUUUGGCCUUUUAUACACUAAAAUUUCUCUGAAGAAGGAAAGCAGAGACACAGUAAUCCUCUCUUUUCAUCAAUGUCUCUUUUACCAUAAAUUUAUGUGGUUUUAUGGAGAGCUCUUAGCCUUAAAAUAGAUGUGAUAAGACAAUCAUGGUUGAUUUUGAUGUAAAAUUGGAUAUUCAAACAGAGGACCUAAUGGGAAUACUCAUGUUUACACUCCAGGAUUUGCAGUUUUGUAUUGUGCUCAUCUGGAAUUUGAAUGAAUCUCUGUUUGUUGAUGUUGUUUUCAGGACGGCGGAGCGUCUCUGUGUGUGAUCGAUGACUCUAAUGAACACAUGCUGUCAGUGUGGGACUGGAACAAAGCAACCAAGACAGCAGAGGUCAAGGUAAACACUUCAAUAACAGAAAACACAGAGCAGUUAACUUUCACAGUGAAAGGACAGGCAGCUUUACCCAUAACAAAACCACUGCUGACUGUGCACACGUGUUGUUUUAGCAGCAGUGAUAUAAAGACAUGUUAAAGCGUUAAAUUAAAACUGAAGUAGAGCUGUCAGGAUGAGGCCGACUGCAGUAACAGCAGAAUAACUCACACAGGAGAAUAACGCUCUGUGCAGAGAGGAAGUCAGGGGGAAAGACGGCCGCCGAGUUUCUGCUCUGCUUUUAUGGGCUUCAUCCCAAAACGCCUCAACUUCCCUUGGCGCUGUUUCUGCACUGCUGGCAUGGCAACAAUGUAAAUAUUGUAUACACUGAACAUGUGUGUGUGUGUGUGUAUUCUGUAAUGUAGCAGAGGAACACACUUUGAUCAUGGUUGUAAUCUCAGGGGUCCGACAUUGUGCAGGAUCGUGUGUUUUUAUGAAACCUGCUGCGCUCAUGGUUCAGAUUUUGGGAGAGAUCCAGUUCUUGACGGGUCGACUCUGACAUACACUACACAAACGCACACAAAUACACACUCCUCCAACAGGAACAAGAUAAUUACCCCUCCUCCUCCUCCUCCUUCUCCUCCUGCAGUGAAGAAGUCCAUAUGCUUCUUUACAGCUCGGACAUGAAUGAGCUGUUUGUGCAGCGGCAGUGAAGUUCUUUGAACACACACUCACACUGAGGCUGUUUGUGUAUUUGCAUGUUUCUCUGGUGGCAGAAAACAUCAGAAAAUAUUUCAUACUCGUCUAGACGAAGUUCCUGGGAAGGUUUUAGGACUUCAAACUCAUGACAACAGUUUUAACGGUUUGGUAAACUAAUAAAAAAAAACAAAUUGUUUCUGAUUAAAUAAAUGUGACUGUGAUAUUUUUAACUCUGAUGUAAGGUGACACUUUAUCUUCUGCAUUUAAAAGAGACUGGUUUUAAGUAGGGGUGUCACGAUACAACUUUUUGACUUCCGAUAUGAUACCCAUAUUGUAGCCUUCAAUAUUGACCGAUACUGAGCCAAUAUUGGCACAACAUUUUGCAUGACAAGUUCUUCACUCAGCUGCAACGUCUUUUUUGGACUCCAACAAAAAAUACUGCCACAAGGCCAACAUCACUCUUACUCCUUGCUUCUUUGUUUGUACCUUAGUACACACUGUUGCUGGGAUUUUGUGGGCUCAGCUUGCUAGAUAGAGGUGCUGGAGUGGAGUGUGGAAUGGACUGCUUGUAUCUGAGUGCUGAUAUCUGAGAUUUUAGAUGAAGGCCGAUAUAAUCAGAUAUUAAUUUUUUUGCUGAUAUUGUACCGAUAUCCGAUAUCAAUAUCGUAUUUUAUCGGGACACCCCAGUUAUAAGUUUGGUGCCUUUUUGCUCUAUUGUAAAGACAGUAACUGACUGAUUUCAGUGCUCUCAGAUCCAUGCGUCCUGUAUGUGACUCAGCUGUCAUUCAUGGUUGUUAUUGUGCUAAUUUAGUUGUUUUUAUGUGCGUUUUUUUUUGUGUGUGUGUGUGUGUCUCAGAGCACCAACGAGGCUGUGUUUGCGGUCGAAUUCAACCCCAGCGACAGCUCCAACAUCAUCACCUGCGGGAAAUCUCACGUUUACUUCUGGACGCUCAGCAACGGGCAGUUCACCAAGAAACAGGGCAUUUUUGGAGUAAGACAUGUUUUGAUCUCAAUCCCAGUCUGACAGGAGAUGUUUUAUGAAGAGAGCCGAGAGGAACGAAGUGAAGGCUCUGCAGACACAUCAGAGUCCAUGCCUUGUAAGAGAGAAGACCAGGAAUGUCAUUUCUUGUAUUGUGGAUUUUUUUGGAGAGGACAGGUCACAAGAAGCAGAGCGCUCUCUCCGACAAGAAAAACAAGGCUCUCAAUUUUAAACUUUUUUAACUAAUAACUUAGUUAACGUUUUCAAAUGUUAACCCUCACCUUAAAGGCAAUACAGCAGUACAUAUAGAAGUUAUACACAGUGAAAUAGUACAUCACCAAUGUUACUUUAUGACAGUGUUUAACAAACAAACUAAUAGUUUUUUUUUUUUUUAUCUCAGACAUGUAUUCUUUCACGUACCUUGACAUGUUUUCGCAGAAACUUCACCCUUCUCAGAAGUGUCAGUUGGUGGUAGGUUUAACACGUCAUAUCAGCUAGUGUUGCGGAGGUGUGACCCUCCUGUCAAAUUUUUUGAGAGGACAGUCACAUCUACCACCAAGUGAUACUUUGGAGGAAGGCGAAGUUUCCGCCGAAACAUGUCAAGGUACGUGAAAGAAUACAUGUCUGAGAUAAAAAAAAAAAGAAAACUAUUUCUAAGUAACUGAAGACAUACUGAACAUUAUUCAACAACCAAACAAACUAAUGAAUGCUAAAAUAUACCUCAGUAAAUCCACCAUGGCAUCAAAAUCUUGUCCUCUGAUGAUUUUUUUUUUUACUGUCUCUGUGGAAAUCAUUUUUUAUCAAAUAAAAAUCCAAGUUAAGGAUAAUAAAAUAGAUCUGCACUUAAAAUAAACUUUUUUUUAUUUUUUUUUUUUUUUUUUUGCAGAAAUACAAGAAGCCAAAGUUCAUCCAGUGUUUCGUGUUCAGUCUGACCGGAGACGUUCUGACCGGAGACUCUGAAGGAAACAUCCUGACGUGGGGAAAAUCCGCCGCAGACAUUAAAACACUCGGAAAAGGAGCCAAAGGUCAGAGAAAACAUGAAGACUGAGCGAAGUGCCAACAUUUAGUGUUUUUGUCAGAUAAAUAGUUAAACACACUUCCUCAUAAUUGAUAUUUUAAAUAAAUAAAACUUCCAGUCCUAGUUUUGUUACAUUCUUUUGAAAAACAAAACUUUUUUUUUCUUUGCAGAAACAUUUCAGAUCAUGCGUCAGACUCGAGCCCAUGAAGGCAGUGUCUUUACUCUGUGCAACCUGCAGGGCGGCGCUCUCCUCAGCGGGGGAGGAAAGGACCGAAAGAUCAUCCGUUGGAGCGCCGACCUGGCUCCUGAGAGAGAGUGUGAGGUGAACGGCAGCUCUGCGUGCGUGUGACGUGUGUGUAACGUUAAGUUCAGAUUGGUGUUAAAGCCAUAUGAUUGGUUAACGAGGUUUUUGUUUCAGAUUCCAGAGAAGUAUGGGGCGGUUCGUACCAUCGCAGAUGUGGACGGUGAGGAGCUAUUAGUCGGAACGACCAGGAACGCUGUCCUCAGAGGGACUUUCUCAGACGGAUUUGUGGCCAUUGUGCAGGUAGCUAAAAAAUAAAACAUUUUCAUUUCUACUUGGCGAUGUUUCAGAGUGAAAGCUGCUCAACACUUUAAUACAUGGAGGGAAAAAUGUAAACUCUUAGAUGUUUGUCUCUGCAGCCUUUCUUCAUAACUGUGUGUGUGUGUGUUUCUCAGGGUCAUGUAGAUGAGAUGUGGGGUCUGGCCACACACCCCUCUCAGAACAUCUUCCUCACCUGUGGUCAUGACAGACAGGUGUGUCUGUGGAAAACGGAGGAGCACAAACUGGACUGGAGCAUCAGUCUGGAGGUAAAACUCACUGAUCCUGGAUUUUUACACUCUGAAAACAGACAUUUGAAUGUUCUGACAGAGAGCUUUACCCCAGGGUCCCUUUUUCUCCUUUUUAUACAGGGUCUUAUUUAACAAGUGUCUUUGGUGAUGCUUUUCCUGCCUCGGCUUUUCAUGCAUGCACAUAAAAAAGGAAUGUUGUCCAGAGUCAGAUCAUUAGGCAGAAGAGUUACGGGGCGCAGGAACUUUAGCUUGCCAGCAUUACAAACUAACGUACAGCUACAGGCAGAGAGAGAACAGUAGGUAGACAUGCACAAAGAGGAGGUGUGUUAGUAAAGCAGUGGGACAGAGAGAGCACAAGGAUUCCUAUGCUGAAUAAAGAAAUUUUUAAACACAUAUAUGGCUUUUAGUUCAGCAUGAGAGUUGUGUAAUCUCUGUCCUUUUAUGUCCUUUAUGGUCCUAAUCCAUGUUUUUCAUUGCUUCUAUUUUUUCACAUUUUUGUGUUUUUAUUUCAUUUUUAUUGUUUUUUGCCUCCUUUUAUGUAUUUCCUCUUGAUGUUUUUUUUUUUUUUUUACCUAUGCAGUGUUUGUUCUUUUUGAUUUUACUGUGCAGCACUUUGGUAAACUUAAAUGUUUUUAAAAUGUGCUAUAUCAAUAAAGUGGAUUGGAUUGGAUAAAUUACACUAAAACCUUUUCUAAACUCCUGUGUGUGGGUCUAACAGGAAUAUGGACUGUGUGCGGGUUUCUGUCCAAACGGCUCGGUGGUUUCAGUCGGCCUCAACACAGGAAGGUAACAAAGGACACACACCACAGUGCUGUUACUUAGACUAUCUUUUCAAAAGUGAGUUUUCUCAGUGAGUCCUGCUAGAAACAAAACUAGAAGAACAAUGAGCUUAAAGUAAGACUGUAAAGAUUCUCUGUGUGUGUUGUCAUUUAUUUGCAUUUAAAGGAAUAUUUCAGUAUUUUUGGAGUGAGGUCGUAUGAGUUACUUGUCGCCAGAAGUGUUUUGCCUCAACAGAUGUCAAUCAGCUUGGCCCCUUUAGUAAAAAACUACAGGGGGAAGCAGCAUGCAUGCUUGGCUACAGUUUUCAGCAGACGAGCCUCUGCCAUGACAUUCAGCUAAUUUAGGGACAUUUUCAGCACUUGAGAAAAAACAUUCAUUUUUGCAGUAUUUGUAGGUGCAACACUUCAGAAAUACUGAAAUGUCCCCUUAAUGUGCAGCCAUGAAACUGGUGUGAAUAUGUGCAGAUGUUAAUUAUGAUGUCCUGGGCUCCCUGUCUUUCUCUGUGCUGUUGUGCCUGUGACAGGUGGGUGGUCCUGGACCUACUGACCCGAGAGGUGGUCUCCGAGUCCACUGACGGGAAUGAGCAGCUGUCCGUCAUGAGAUACUCACCUGGUCAGAAUAAGUAUUUAUAAUAUUCACACUGUUAAAUGGAGGGUUUUCCUGUAUGACUUUUGCAGAGUUUGUAGACUUUUCCUCCAACAGCCCUCCUGGUGUUUUGUCAUUUCAGACGGCAGCUUUUUAGCCGUGGGGUCUCAUGAUAACUUCAUCUACAUCUACACUGUGACAGAGAGUGGCCGGAGGUACACUCGCUUCGGGAAAUGUAACGUGAGUUCAACAGUUCCAGAAUAAUGUUCCUGAGUGUCAGAUGUGGAAGAAUGAGUGGAUUUCAUCAUCUACAGUACACAAUUGUCCCCCCACCAAAAAAUCCAGUUUUGCAUGAGUGGACUCUGUAUCCACCAGUGCAGGUUCAUACCCUACAGGAAAAAAUCUCACAUCUCACUUUUCAUAGUCCAGUAUAUGAUCUCCGGACUGGAAAGUUUGGGAACACUUGAUUAAAGUCACUGAGAAGUUCUGGAUCACACAGAUUUUAGUGACUGUGAUAAAAUUGUAGAGUAACAGACUCCUCAUGUCCUGACUGAGUCUCUGCUUCUGUUCCAUUCAGGGUCACUCCAGCUUCAUCACUCACCUGGACUGGUCCAAAGACGGGAAAUACAUCAUGUCCAAUUCAGGAGACUACGAGAUCCUUUACUGUGAGAGAACAUAUACACCCUCAGACAUCAGGAACACUGUUUCCUGUCUGCAGACUGUGAUGACGACUUUGUGUGUGUGUUUAUGUGUAAUCAGGGGACAUCGCAGGGGGCUGUAAGCUGCUGAGGAAUCGCUUUGAGAGCAAAGACAGAGAGUGGGCGUCUUAUACCUGUGUUCUUGGCUUCCAUGUCAUGGGUAAAACAACUACAAUGUUCCUCUUCUUCUUCUCUUUUCAUCAGGUUCAUUUAUUCACAUUUAUUUAACAAGAGACGCCUUGUUCAAAACAAAAUCUUAGCAGCAGCACAUUUCAACACAAGCUAGUGACACACAAAACAUACAAAGAAUGACAACAGAAAUAAAAAAUAAGUCAUGUGUCUGAGUCAGGGAGCAAAGACUGUAGCUUCUAGCCCUUUUUCAAAUCAAUAAAAGUUUAAAAAAAAGAAGGAAACCAGUUAAAAAUCAUCUUACAGAAAAGACAUGUUAGUGAUUGAGUCUGCAGAUAGAUGGUGCAGACCAGCCAACUUAAGUGUAAAGGGAGCAGUGAUGAGUUAGAGACUUCAGAUUUUCAAUGGUCAUGAUGAACAGUAAGUAGAUGCAUGCAUGUAUAAAACAUCAGUAUAGUCAGUCAGGGGCAUAAAUGCGGCAGCAUAUGUGGAGGAGAAAUGCAUUUUUUGGGGUUUAUUGUCCAAAAACAUGAAGCACAGAAACCUUGCACAUUGAGUCUGAUGUGUUUAUUUGUCUAUCUAUUUGGAAAAUUUGCAGUAUAAAACACCUGAGGCAUCAAGCUGUGAGGGUGAUUUUCUAUUUCUUUACUGAUUAAGAAUAGAAAAAAGGAAACAAACAAGAGCUGAUAACAGAGCUGCAGAAUCAUCCCAGUCCAUUUUAGGUGUAUUUUUACUAGCAGAAUGUUCUGGUACAGACUAAAGACACACAAGUGCAUGCAAGCAAUUAAUCUUAAAUGUGCAAAGUUCGCAAAGACGCCUGGAUCUGUGGAGGUUCAGUCCACGUUUUCCCUUUUAUCAACUCCUUGCAGGCAUGAAGAACACAGAAAAUUAAACCUGUACCAAAGUAAUGAUAGAAGAAAGAUACAAACUUGAUUAUUCACAACAUGAGACAGUUUUUUUUAAGUACAAAAAUGUCAGAGGACAAAAAACAGACCCAGAGCAGAGAGGCCUUUAUUGCCAUGACAAUGAAGGUAUUCACUCAUUCAUUCAUUCAUUUCUGAAAUAAAAACUCAGCUCCAAUCACUGAAGGAGUCCUAUGAAGCUCAGAGACAGAGAAUCAGACUGUGGCACACCCCAGAGUCUACAGGUAUAGAGAUUCAACUGCUCUGUCCUUGAGUUAGUAGCGUCAUGAGCUCAUGUUAAUCAGAAAGCAGCAGUUAAGUGAAUCACUAUAGAGUCUUAUUGUUCUAUUGAAAGUCAGGUGUGUGACUGUUGUUGUCUCUGUGUUUCAGGUGUGUGGUUGGAGGGCUCGGACGGCACAGACAUUAACGCUCUGUGCCGCUCUCACAGUGAGAGGAUGGUUGCCGUGGCCGACGAUUUCUGUAAAGUUCAUCUCUUCCAGUACCCCUGUCCUAAACCGAAGGUACCAUCUCUGCACAUCUCACCAUCACUUCUUCAUUAACUUCUUUUCUCUGUUUUAGCUUGUACCUAAACCAUCACCUUGCUCUGUGGAAGCGUGAUGUUCUUAAACUGGGGAUGUUAUUAAAGGUGCAUGUUAACCUGCUAAAUCUGGGCUGGUCAGACCUGGUAUACUUAUGUAGGUGUACUGGGUCUGUCUCUAGAGACCCCCUGUGGUGUGAGCUCACCUUUCCUCUCUGUGUGCAGAAAGACUUGUGGCCUCAUUUGCCUUCAUUAAACUGUAAAAACCAUCAAAUCAUAAAUAGCUGUGAUUGUGUUAAAGACACUGAAAGAUGAAAAAACCAGAGCACUUUGAGAACAUCAGCUGAGGCACAUCUAACUUUAAUGUCUCACCAUGACACAUAAUAAUAUUAUAAUAACAUCGUAUGAGCCUAUUGAAAUGUCACAUACAUAAUAAGGGUCAACCACUGAACUCAUCUAUAUGCAGUCAUAGCGCCAUCUUGUGGAAGUACAUGGUUCUAACUUUUACAUACAAUGUCCAAUCUGCCUCAGAUUUCUCACUUUUCAUAAAGGUCCUAGUCUCUAUCCAUCUGCAUAUUCAUUAAUGCGAUAGCAAUAGUGCCACCUGUUGAAUUAAAUUAAACACGUGUGUUGACAGAUAUGCAUUUAGCUGAUGAUGAUUGUACCACUUACUCCUGCGAAAUCACAGCUGCAGCACAGGCAUGCCCAGCUGCAUGUCUCACAGCUGGUGCAGGCGCAAAUGGGUGCAAAAGUGCGAGGACCUGUUCAUUACUGCUUGUGGCUUUAAUUUGUUUUAAUUUUGAAGCCUAACCAGGAACAUGAGUCUCAGAUGUUACAGAAACCUGUGUGCAUGGUACCAAUUUGGUUUCAUGCAUUUGUCCUGGUCACCAAACAUAAAAGUAAAUUAAAAAAAAAAAUUUGAAUAAGGAUAAUCCGAGUGCAAAUGAUUUACUCUAGCAGCUGUCUGAUUCUGUGUUUCUAAAAGUAAACUAUUUCUCGACUCCCCAGGCACCGAGUCACAAGUACGAGGGUCACGGCAGUCACGUCACCAACGUCUGCUUCACCCACUGUGACUCCCACCUGCUCUCCAUGGGGGGGAAGGAUACCUGUAUCCUUCAGUGGAGGGUGAUGGGAGGAGGAGUGGGGGACAGCAGGGAGAGGCUGACUUCCCUCUCGUCCACCUCCACCAGCUCUCCAGAGCCAGUAACUGGUUAAUCAGGACCUGGAUGUGAACAGACAGAGAGAGAGAGAGAGAUAUGUUUCCACAGCCAGAAAGGCUGGAGACAACCGUCUGAGCUGCAGCGUUGCGUCAGGUUUCCCCAGAACAUGGGGAGGAAUCAUCUCCCCUCUUCACCCUCACACUCCUCUUUAAUCCUGAUAUGAAACUGGACGCUCUGAUUCAGGAACUCUGUUGGACUCGAGGGGUAGAAGAAGAAGAAGUGGUCUUGUGUGUUUGCUGGUACAGAACAUGACUCGACUUCUGCAGAGACUUUUGAUAUUAGUGAACAUUUCUGUGUUUCCUUUACCAAACUUACCAAAGAGCCGCGUCAUGGUGCUUAACAUCGUGCCUUUAAAGGUGUUAUCACAAUGUUCUUACAUAGUUGUAAUAUUUUAAAGGGAAUUCUGACAUUUUUAAACUUGAGCCUUGUUUUUUUUCAUGUUUAGGUGUCUCAAUGACUCAUACAUACAGAUAGUGUUGGGAUUGCUUCAGUAGAUUGACUCAGCCUGCAGCAGUGAAACAGGCUGUAGCUGUAAAAGUAGUUUGGACUAUUAAAGGUGGGAGUGAAUGUGUUUAAGAGCACCAGAGUGAUGGAGUUUGGCAAUCACAGAAACCAAAUCUGCAAAAACAAAAUUAAGAUAAUAAUAAAGUAGAUAUUGUUUGCAUAUCUCCAGAGAUGAGUCUUGCAGGAUCAGUUAUAGACCUGAAAGUUCACAGUAGAAGCGUGCAAAGAGGUCCCCAGUGCUCCUGUACCCACAAAACAUUAGCUUCUUAGACACUGCCAUAAUUCAGCUUGUAAACACACAACAGGAGCUCCAUAUACCCACAUGCUCAGAUAUGGACUCACACACACGCACAGAGCUGUUCUGCUCAGGCUGGAGUUUUUGACUUGUGCUGGACUGAAGUGAAACAUGCAGGCAAAGAGACUCAAAAGAGAUUUUAUUCUCCAUCUACUGAAGCAACUCCUCAAGUUUUUGUACCUAUAAGUAAUCAAGACUCCUUAAGUUUAUAAAAAAUGGCCAAGUUUAAAAACAUCAGAAUUAACCCUUUUAGCAGUGUUUGUUUUGACAUCUCAGCUAAUACUGAAGCUGUCUGAUUAUUAAUGUUUCCAUUAAACAAACUGUGACAAAUCCUUCCAAUGAAAUCAUCUCUCUGCAUUUUUGACUAAUAGUUUUUUUUUUAGAUCAGUACUCCUAAAAUUAUAACUGUAAUACCCUUUUAUGUAUUUAAGAGAAUAUUGGGAACACUGUGAUGUAUUAAUCUCCCAAUAAAGAACUGAAGACUGGACUGUAA